AGAGUAGCUCGAUGUUUCACAGCGGAGAGGACGACUCUCAGGGUUUUUGUGGACUCUAGGAAACAGGCAGGUAAGUCUGUUUUCUAUCUCACCUUUUUAUCUUGUGCGCUGAAUAUCUUUCCUCCACUUUUUCCAUGUACAUACACCCUCCACACAUCCGUGUCCACGCAGGUGAAGGUGAUUAAAGGGUGCGCGGUGCUGUUUUUUCUCCUCGCGCUGCUGCAGUCCAGGUCAGACAGGUGCACAUGGGCGGAUGUUUGCACACUCAUUAAGCGCGCGUGGACUAUUUACAAACGUUAUAAACCUGAUAUUCCUCAUGUUAAAGUUGCAUGCUGUGGUAAAUAAUAGUAUGGAUAUUUGCGGAAGUGUUUUUGUAUGGACUGAAGUCACUUUUUCUGAGAGCUGGCUGCAGUGUUGUGAGGCAGGAUGGAAAUUUGGACACAUUUGGAUGUUUGCUUUUAGGCUGUUCUUUUUUUUAGUGUAGAGAGGACAACGUGAAAGGGUUAGACAAAAGACACAAGGAGAGAGAGAGAGGAGAAAAUUGUCGUUUUGACUGAGUCAUACCUUCGAUAAUUAGUUAGAAAAGUUGAAUGAAGCAUCAAUAAAAAUUAGUGACACAUGGAUUAGAGAUGCACCGAUCCAUUUUUUUCGAUCCAAUCCGAUCCGUAUCGGCGAUAUAUGAUACCGAUCCAAUACUACUAUUGAAUGCAUAAACUGUAUACCUUGUCCUGUGAGUGAAGGCAUCGGGCUUGACAUUUGCCUUGUUAAAAAAGGUAACAAAUUAACACAGAUAUAAAUUUACUUAAAAUUAUUAACAAAUAACAAAUUGCACAUAGCACAUGGCAAAAAGAAGUAAAACUUCCAUGUAUUAAAGGAAAAAUUAAUCAAUAGAAAAAAAAAAGAGACCGGAUCAGAAUGCUGGAAUGGCAUCAUUCAUCCGAUAUCCGAUCCAGUUGAUUUGUCAAUAUCGAAGCCGAUAUACGAUCCAGAUAUCCUGCAUCCCUAACAUGGAUAAGUGUUAUAUCAAUUAAUAUGCUAAUGUUGUUGAAUAUGCACAUUGUGGAACUUAAAGCUCCUGUAAGAAGGCAUUCAAGAAAUGGACUGAAAUUCAUGCGGAUGACUUUCGUGAUGUUUAAAGGCAGAAAACACCAUCAGUGGAGAGAUUGAGAGAGUGGAGAGAUCUGUAUCUUGUCAUUUUUAAUUCAUGUAACUGCUGCAAGGGGGUAGGUGUCAACUGAGUGACUGAGCAAUAUUUAUUCAUGAUAAAUGAUUCCUUUGAAAGUCAGCAGGAUGUGUUUUUUUGUGUGUGUGUGUGUGUGUGUGUGUGUGUGUGUGUGUGUGUGUGUGUAAGAGUCACUACUAAAGCAUGUAGUAGGGAAAGAUAAGCAAAGACUACCUUGUUCCACGGGACGCCAAAGUCAACACAAACUGAAAGUUUUGAGCUGGUAUGACAGAAGACUGAAAUGAGUAGUAACACUUCUUAAUGGGUUACAUAAGAACAUAAUGCCUUCAGCAACAAGAGUCAUGUUUUCUUUCAGUCGUUUUAAAUAUGUUAGCUAUCCCUGCAGGGUUGGUGUCAGACCAGGUUAAAAACUUCCACUUUUACAGGAAGUACCCAAUACAAUCAAAUAAAAGUGCAUAAUAACUGUGAAACUUUAUUUUUGAGUCUUUUACAGCCCUAAUUAAAGAGAAUCAGUCAACUCUAUUUCAGUUUACAUUGACAUUAAAACUUAUUGAAAGUUUGAGCUGUCUUUUUGCAACAGAGAGGGCCACCACCCAUCCAAGUCCAUUAAAAGAUUGAACUCAAACCCAUUAUUAUAUCCUGUAGAUCAGCAGAUUACUUCAAAUCUACAAAGGUGGUACACUCUUGCUCAAGUUGUCUAUGAUCCAUCUUAUCAUGUUAGAGCAGGGCCGGGAUCUGUCUACUUUCACAGGUAAACGACCUCACUGUACUGUAGCUGCUCCUUGUGAUAGAAAUUUGGUCUCUUUAAAGUGAUCCUGAUUAUUUGGCUCAGUAAGAAUCAGCUCUUUUGGCUCCCAGGUGGCUCUUUGGUCAUGUACAAGAAAUAUUUGAUAGCUGAGUUGUUCACGACCAGCAUUUCAGUCUCAGCAAAGAUGUAAACUGCCACAGUAAAGUAAGGUAACGUGGAAUCUAUAAAAAGGUGGAGUUGUGGGUAUGAAAGCUUAUGAUUGAUUACCAGGUUAAAAUGGUUUGACAAAGAAAUGCUCAAGAACCCUGUUCAGACUGAAAGUAAUAUUGAUGUCUCUCUGUAAACAAGAAGAGUGGCUUUCUCUGUGAUCAUUUUUUAUGUCCGAACUCAUCGGCAGAGGGUUGGUGUCAGUGGAAUUGAUAACCUACAUACUGCUGCUCCUUUGAUAUGUUCCAGAGCAACUAUUCACGAGUAAUACAACUGAACAUUGAAAGGGAAGAUUUCUUUAGAAACAUUAAAGACAAAAACAGCAAGGACAGAUUUGUACAGUUAUUUACAGUCAUUGAUAUAUAUAUCAUCUGUACAUCAUCAACAAUUGUCUGCAACUUUAAGGGUUAAAAAUAUUACUGGAUCUUUUGGAUUCCUGGAGGCCAAUUUUCACGAGGUCAGAGGUCAAACAGCUCAUUGGAGGGGUCUUCAAAUUGAUUAAAAAGAGCUUCCUAAAUACACAAAGCAAAGGAGAAACACAGCUACCGAAAACUGCUGAUUAAAGUAUUGUUCAUUUAAAAAAAAAAGGCAAAAGUCAUGAUGAAAUUUUGUUUAUUUAUUUGGCCUCAUAAUAAAAGGCAAUUUCCCCCCCCAGAGGGCUGUGUUAUUUAAAGCUGCACAUGCAACCAAUUAACAAAUCUGACAAUGAGACAAAAAGGAGUGAUUACCACAUAGGUGCAAAUUGGAUGAUGCAGUACAGAGGAUGAAGAGAUGUUAUAGGGAGAGCUUAUAUCUCUUGUUUAGGUAGAGAAGAGCUUAUGAAUACAAAGACAGUUAUCUUAUCUUUAUGAUUGAUAAAUUAGCGGUUUUUGAUAAAUUCUUAAUCAUUUCUUAAUAGGAAGUCAUUUCAUUAAACAUGCUGAUAGAUCCAAACAUAAACUAUAUAUCAAAAUAGAUAACACGUCUCCAUCUGCGUCCACUGGGAGAAGUAGGGCAAAGAUACUUCGUCAAUGGAUGCUGACAUAUUGCACUAUCUGUCUGACAUCGCACCCCCUCCGCCAAGCAAAACACACAUUUACCUGAUAACAAACCUUCAAAGAGUACAGUCAACAGCAGAGCAGAUUAUUGUGCUGAUUGAAGCAGACACUCAUGGUUAUGCAAAGUUCAAUGACUGUUAUGUUAGUGUUUGUUGUCUUUUCUCUCUCUGAUCCUCCUCCAUGUGUUAAUCUGGUUAACAGCGCUGCCGACCCCUUCAUUUGUCAACAAAGCUACAGUCAUGAUAUCCCAUCUAUUCUGGUUAAUAUUUAAAACAAGUGAACAACUGGAAAAGGAGGAUUUGCACAUAAAUUAGCGUGAUCAGAGCUAACAUAGAAUUUUUAAGAAAAAUUUGCCAGAUUUAUUUUAGUUUUCAAGUUUGACCCAUGUUCCAUCUAUUUCAAUGGAGGAGGCGGGGCUUAAGACCUGUACCGCAGCCAGCCACAGGGGGAGCUCUAAAAGUUCGGAGUUUAUGUCUCCAGUUACAAAUAGUUAAAGCCUCUGCUAGGAGUUUUAUUUAUUUUUAGAUGUAUAAAAUACACUAAAAUUCAAAUUGAAGCUUUUUUUUAUGAUACACAUAAGCAAGAAGACCAUCAGCGUCAAAAUCGACAAUUUUUAUGGUGUAAUUUUUAAUGCCGAAUCCUGAAGUGAGGGAGUAGAGAGCUGAGCAGCUGAGGGAACAGCCCUAUUUUUUAACUUUUUUUUACAAGCAUGUAGAGCACAACACUGCUUUGUCCACAGGGGGCACCAAAACUGCCACAAACUGAAAUAUCCUCACAGGAGCUUAAAUAGAUCCAACCAAGAUUUAUGUGUUAACAACAACCGACUAUUAGGAUGUCAGUAAAUUCUUCACAUAGAAAUCAUCACUAACUGUAUGUUUGGUGAAUAAUGGCAUAAUGUAAAGGUCGUGUUAGUGUAACUUUCAAGAGGAACCCCCUCAGAGGAAAUAGAGAGGCCAAUAGUGUGCCACUUAAUCAUAAUUUCAUGCUUCAUGUGUAAAGAUCCGUGCCAAGAUUUCUAUACAUCUCAGUGCUCGUGGCCCACAGAGUGAACUCACGUAUUUGUUCUCAUGUGUGUGACUAAUCUCAUUCAUGGUUCAGCUGUAAACCAGAUCCCUGACAGUUUGUGAUAAAGAAAAGAAGAGAAAAUAAGGAAAACAUGUUUCAAUAUCUCACCGAGGGUAACAUGCUGUGGUUCCUUUAAGUUAAAGCCAUUCAAUAUUUCCCAGUUGGUGUUUUAAGCAGAAAUAUGGUCAAAAGUGUGGCAGUGUUUCAGAUUUUUUAGUGCUAUUCAUGGAAGAGAACGACAGAAAUAACACAAAGGCUUUAUUGAUCUCCAUGCAGAAAUAUUGUCAGGGUAUUAGUUAAAUCAACCUGUCCAUCUAUCUUCUUUCUCUUCAAAUCCAGUCACUCAGAUGUUUGACAAGCAGGAAAAAAAUCAUAGAAAUUAGUUUUAAUGUCCUUGUCAGUGUGUUGUGAACCCGGCUCUGUGGCUCAAUGAGCAGGAAGAAACAUAAAGUCAAAGGUGUCCCAGACACCGCCUGCUGCUUUGUUCAAUUCUUCCUUUCCUCCCAACACGUGUGAUGAAUCGCCCGUGCCAUUGCCAAGGCUGACGUGUUUACCUUUCCCUCCUGGAGCUUCUCUGCUUUCGUCAGUGAGGAAACAGAGCACCCUGUCAGGCAGCGCCCGUGCCAGCUCCUGUAGUACAGCACACACACAACGCAAAUGCAGAUGUGUUGAAACAAAGAUGUGUUUGCUGUGGGUUAGGUGAGGGCAGCAGCUGACAAAACCACACCAAAGGGCUUCUCACCCACAUGCCCGCAAGUCUGGCUGAUCUGCCGCUCGCUGUUUCGCUACAGUUUCAGCAGAUGGGGGCUUAGGAGGGGUUGAUGAAGUUUUAAGCAGCUAUCAAACAAGGAUGAAGUUGUUUUUUUCCUCUGGUUUCGGGACUGUGCAAAAUUUAUACUGUUCACUGCUACAGACUGAGCUGCAAAAAUAACAUUUUAUUCAUUACCAUAGUUGGUUGAAACAGAAGUGCGAUACUGAAGAGUGCAGAAAGGCUGAAAUAAUUAUGGCACUGUUGGCUAUGUAACUGGAUUCUGAUGUUUGUUAGGAAAACUGUGAUUUCAAGGAGGUCAGCAGAGAGAUUUGACGAUAAAAUCUCUGAUUCAAGGCAGAUGUCGUAGGUUAAGUUUGUUGCAACAUGCAAAAGACGCCCAAAUUUGGGUUUUCAAACCAAGUGGGGGUGGUUGAGGUGCAUGGUGAGUAAUGGCGGCACAAAGUUUUGACAGGGAAGGAAAAUGUGAACAGUAAACCCAAUCACAUUUCUCAUUCCUCAUCUAUAUUUAUUUAAUAAAUAAUAAUAAUCUUUACCAUAUGCAUCACAUAUAAGUAUAAGUAAAAUAUGUGCUCUUCAUAGAUUUGUAUUGUUUAAAGGUGCAGUGUGCAAUAUGUAACAGAACAGACUCGAUAGAAACGGAGUAUUAUAUUCAAAAGUUAAUCAUUUGUUUUGUUUUCGUUAUCUUAGACUAAGUGUUCAAUAUUUAUAUCUUCCAUUGAGGCCACUAUAUUGCACCAUCACAUUUCUACAGUGGCACAGAACAGACAAACUAGUAACUUACGCAUUUUUGCCACAUCAUAUUGGAAGUUAAAGAAGAGGAGAGCUGUUGUGUGCAAAAAAUGUGCUAACUUAGAAGAUCAUGAUCCCUAACAUCUCAGCUGCUUUUUGUCCCUAAAAGCCACUGUUUCUUUCCUGAAGAGGGUGAGCAAGGGAGCAUUUUAAUGUAGAAUCUGUCUGUGAAAUAUUACAAUUUCUACAACACACCUUUGUGUUUUGGCUAAAAGCUUUAAUGGAAACAUGAUGCUGCAGAGUUUGGGCCCUGCUGAGUGAAACAGCAUGAUCUUCUGCAGGUGGAGGUACUGUGAGACAAAUAAUAAAACCCAUCCAGGGCCUGCCAUUCAAAGUGAAACUCUCUCUGUAAGUGGACCUCAGUUUUGGCCUUUUGCUGUGUUCACAGUUUCCAUUUGAGUGUUAUCAUGCCUGACCUUUGGAACAGAAAAUUGACCAAAAAUCUGACUCAACAUUUACUGACCGGCUUUGUCCAGUGCUUUUUUUUGCAUUUCAGUGAAUUCAUCAGCCAUCAUAAGUGUACAUAUAUGAGAUAUAGUAGUUUAAAUUAAUAUAACAUAGCUAGGCUGUCAGUUGGACUCCUAAUACUAAGAUGAAAAUCUCAAAGUUAUCCUCAGUUGACUACAGCUUUGACUGACUUUAGUGAAUCAUGCAGAAAGCUUCAUCUGUUCAAGAUAAGCUUGGAUAGAGCGAAGAUAUAUUAAACUGGGAAUACCAGCUUUAGGAAAUAAAUCUUAAGGUGAGGGGAUCCCUCCAUCUUUGUGCACUUUCUCUCUUCUCAUCUCUCAUUUUAUAGCUCAACACCCAAACUGUAGGCAGAGAGGUCUUUAACCUCAUUGUGCUUUGUACUGGGAGUGAUUAGCAGCCGCCGCUGUGGAGAUUUAGCUGGGAAUUCUCCAGUGUCACAAUGUGGCGGAGCGGGAUUCACAGUGUUGACCCUUUGAUCAGCGACAGAGCCAGAGAGCAGGCAGCCAGGCGGAGAUUGAGCUGAUGGCACGGGGCCUAAUCUCUAGAUUAUCCGUCAUGCUGCUCCGGUGUGCUCACAGCUAAUUAAGAGAUGGAGAUGUGUGUGCUGCUAUAUCACAUCACAGAGCUGCAUUAUUUAACUCGCUCAACGUUUUAAAUGGUCUUUUAUGUAACAGCACCUGACUCAUUCACUUCGGCUAAUUGGUUGUAAUCAGAGCGUGAUGGUGCGUAUCAACCGGUAAUUUUCUGCCCAUGCUGUCAGGUAGGACAGGAAGUCUUAUACAGGGUUUCUCCCCUCUUCACUUCAUUGCACUCAUCAUGGAUGUUCAGCAGCAUCUUCAUUACUGUCUAGUUUUUAAAUGCUUUGUAAUGCAGUUCAUGGAGUUUACCACAUAUGCUUGCAACUUGAGUGAGAGUGAGAGGAACUGAGUGCAUCAGUGAAGAACUGCAUUGGUCUCAACUCGUUUCUCUCUUUCUCAUACAAACUGUAUUUCUCUCUUUCUUCACAGUCUGUGUUUUCAGCUGGAGGAUAAUCAAAGAGUCUGCAUCAGCUUUCUUCUGGCCUAAAUAUACACACUUUUCCCGCUCAGAUUUGUGUAUUCAACAAAUUAAGAGCAAACGAGGCUGCUCUCGGACAAAAGCCCGCUUGUUAAACAUGGGGGACCAGAGAUCAGUGCAGCAGCCCCUGCUGCUCCUGCUGCUGCUCAUGAUGCUCCUCGCCAGGAUGUCACAGCUGUGGGCCUUCCCCUUCAGCCCAUCCCUGGACCUGGAUGUCACCCCCAGGACGACCGUCUUCAUGAAAGGUAACAGGAGUUUUCUUUCACUUUUUGAUAAUAACACAAACAAAAACAUAAACACAGCCUGAACUCUUUACACUACAACCUCAUUCAAGCUCACCUUUACGCAGUCAUUCACGCUCACUUUUACACACACUGGUGGCUCAGCCCUCGGGAGCAGUUUGGUGCUGCGUGAGGUGAAAGAAAAUCGUGUGCGCUGGUGUUUCAAAAGGAUUCGAAAUCACUUCAGCUCGCUCAUUUUGCUUGUUUCACAGCAUUUUCAGCAUUUGGAGCAGCAGCAGCAGGAACACUGUUGACCGACGUUAUUAAAGACACAAUGAGGAGUUUUCAUGUUGUGUUGAUUCUCUGGAUGAAUGAGUCAGUACAGUUUUAUGCACAGUUUCAGAAGCAUGUCCACCCUGCUACAGAAGGUGGUGACAUGCCCCCUUUUCAGCUUGUUCCUUCUGGGUUCUGGUUGAUCCAUUACUAUGUUAGCAAGAAGCCAAAGGGAAGUACGUUGAAUGAUGAAAACACCAUCACUUUUGUAACUCUGCACCAUUUGUUUGGUACAGGAAAGUUUUGCCUCUGUGCAUCCUUCCUCGCUUUGCAUUCAUGCUGUUUAACUUCCUCAUAGUCAGAAGUUUGAUUGAAAUACAUAAAUGACAGAGAAAGAUGAUCCCAAAUUGCAUGAUAAAGGUAUAUCCCAGUAGUAGAAGUUAAAUCUGGUGCAAUUUCAGUCAGACUACUGUGUUAACAUGUUUUUUAAAAGUGUAAUUUCAGUCAAACUCAGGCAAUAAAUUGACAUUUUGCAGGGUGAUGAGGUCAUAUAUUAGCCUGUAGCUGUAAAUUUAUUACUGUGUUAUGACAAAACCGUGUAAGAAUUUUAUUAUUAUUAUUAUCUAUUUUAUCAGAUUUAUUGUUGUUUGUCAGCCAACAAAAACGACCACCACAGCCCUGGGAGGAUGAUAUGUCUACACACUGAGGUCCUAGUACAGAACAGAAAAUAUGCAUCUUCUUGCUAAUCCUACUCCAUUUUCUACCAUGAGUUUGGAACUUUAUGUAAAAAAAAUUAUAUAAAGUAAAAAAAAAUCCUCUGGCUUGCUAACUUACUUCUCAGCGCCAAACUUUUCCAGCAGAUUCCUGAACAUCGAGGCUUCGGGGUGUGUGCAGAAUAUCAACUCGGCUUCUUUUAGCAGAAAAUCCAUCUUGAGCACAGGCACUGAAAUUCAGAAAUAAGGAAAAAACAAUCUUGUUCUUGUCGCUGAUAAUCUCAUUUUACUUUAAGAGUUAGACUGUUUGAAAAUCAGUUAAAAAAAAAACUAAUCACAGUGCCUUUAAUCUAGCUUUAUAUCUGCAGAACAGGUUUCUUUUGUAUCAUCUUGAUCCAAUUUGGUCGCCAAUGGCCUAAUGGAUUAGUACUAACCACGUACAGGGUCUAUGGUCUUAGAGCCGAGGAUGGGGUGUCCAUGAUUCCCAAAAAGGAUGUUAGGAUAUGUAAUGUGUCAGACCACAGGAUAGUUUUCUACUCCAUUUCAGUCUAUCUAAAAUAGGGUAGGGACCAGAGAAGUCUUUAGUACACCUGAGGUAUGAUUAUGAAGUUUCCUUUUUGUAUGGUAUGGUGUAGACAUGCAUUUGUGCAGAUAAUGGUUUUUGGAAUUGAUUUUGAGCCAAUGCAGUGAUUUCCACUAGAGAGUCAUGUCUGUUUUCUAUGCCAUGCUGCUAAAGCCAUCCAGCACUGGAUUUUGGCCUCAUACCUUUUGUAUUAUGACGAACCCUCCAAAUUCUUGUAAUUUUCUGUGAAGAAGUAUAACUCUGAAAUUGUUGAACUAUGUGCUCACAGUCUCUCACAGAGUUGUGAACCUCUUCUCGUCGUCUGAAAGACUCAGCCUCAGGCUUUUUGGUUGGGAGGUGUUCCUCAAGGUGUUUUAUAAGUAAUUCAAAACUUUUUUAGUGUUUUCUUUUCCUGGUCACAAACUUUUUGAAAGGUAGUGCUGGCAUCAAACUUUUUCAAUUGUAACAUUUGACACGUUUUUUUUUUACAUUUUGUUCAUUUUUUUAUUAAACACAGAGUUUAAAUGAUUUGCAAACCACCUAGGGCUGAGCAAUAAACCAAAAAUUAACCGAUACCGAAAUUUACGACAAUAACCAAUGUCAUUUUGCAUAUAUCGGUGUAUUCGGUGUCAAAUAAAUUAAUAAUUAAAUAAAUAAAAGAUUGUUUUGGAUGUGUGUAGGUAGGCUAUGGUCUCAUGCCCCUUUAAGAUGCUAUCCUACAUUGGAGACGUGACUCCACCCCAUCCAGUCUGUUAGAAUGAGGGAAAGACAGGUGAGGAGAUGGAGGACGGUUCAAAAGUUGUAGCAGCUGAAGUAGAUGAAGUUAAUGUGGGAGUGGGUGAGCAGCUUGUGGAGUAGUUAUCGUACCGUCAACAUAUUGUGAUGUUGAUUUGAGGCCAUAUCACCCAGCCCUAAAACCACCAAAUUCUGAUUUUACUAACUUUUUAAAUACUGUCCUAAAGUUGUGAACUUAUUUGCACCUUGGUGUGAUUGUUCCAAAAGGAUGAUGGGAAAUGUAUUUCCAAAACAAAGCGGCUUGCUUACAACCCAAACAGCGGUAGUACAAAGACUGUCAAAAGAAAUGUUAAACCAGAUUCACACACGUGCAUAAAGCUCAUUAAACACUCACCUCACUGUCCUUGUUUGACGUUGCUCAGGCUCCUUCCUUCCUUCCCUUCCUUGUUAAAAUAGUGGCACAUUUUCUAAGAGUCGGCCCUGAAGACAGCUCCUCCAUGCACAGAGUUAUUAAUCGUCUCUCUUAAGCCCUGUCCUAGAUCACAAUGCUCAGCAAACACUUCUAAUGAAACAAUAGACAGGAGGCCCUCAUAAAACGAGAACCUGAGCACAGUGGAUCUGAUUAGUGUCCGCGCAGGAAAUACUGCUGAAUCGGUUUAUUUUGGCACACAGUGAGUAUUUACACACAUCAUCAGCACCUUCCUCCUUCUGCCCCCACCUUUUCCCUUCUUCCAGCUCACCUUUCCCCUCCCUCUCUCCUCAUCACUGCGGUAAAGGCCAACAUACUGCAGCUGCAGCGUGAAGGGAAACCCAGCACCGGCAGACUGAUCACAUAGCUGUGCUUUUACCUCCACUCCACCUCUCUCCACUCGUCUUGGGUCCUCUGAGGAAGAGUAUUAUUAGAGGAGGGGUGGAGUGAACAUGUUGGCAGCCGUCGAGCUCUCUUGUGCAAUGUCAUGAGAGCUGUUGAGAGUGUUGCAGUGAGAUGAUGGUCCGCCGAUUGGAGGAUGUAAUGCUCGACGUCCUGAAUUGCAAUCACUCAGAGGGAAGCAUAUAGCAGAGGAGACAGAGAGGCUACAAUCCUGGUUUGUUUGUUUGCUACUGCGCUGUGAUCCAGAUUGGAGGGGAACUGUUUCCAAACACUAGAGUAUUAGUUUGCUGUCAGCUGGAGGGAGAGGAAAUUGUGCAAAUGUUCCUCCUCUAAGGUCCAAGUUUUUCCACACAAGGAGCAGAUUUUCUGUGCUGUUGAGAAUUUUUAGAAGAACAUUUGUGACAGACCCUACAGCUCCAAGAAACUCACAAACAAUAAACAUAGCACUUUGUAUAAAGCUGAAAUAUUCACCCAUUUUUCUCUGACGUCAUGCUGAGGCCGGGAAGUUAAAAAAAAGCCGAAACAGCUGUUGUUUCAUGACUUCAUAAUUUACCAGCAACUAAAAAGACAAUUUGAGUAAAAAAAUCGUAGACAGAUAAAAUUGCCUUUCUAAUAGGAGUGUGAGGAAAAAAUCGAUACAGCAUAGUAUCGUGGUAUUUUGUCUGGUGAUAUAUCGUAUUGUCUCAUUUACCAAGUAUAGAUUUUUUCAAAUUAAUUGUUAAUAUAAAGUCAAAUCUAUGAUAAUGGAAAAAUUAAAUCAACUGUUUGUCUCAGUGAGGUUGGCAGAGGUGACGUCAUGAAAAGCAGGAGAAAGUUAGUACAACAAGUAUAUAUAUAAGGUUUGCAAGAUGUGCUACAUAAAAAUAAAACACAGCGUAAAUAAGACAAACAUAAAGGAAAGACAAGUGCUGAAUUAGCUCAACAGUUGAAAAAACUGUAUAAAUUGCAAUGUUCAUUUUAUUACAAAAUGUUCAAAAUCGCAAUAAUAUCGUAUCGUGACACAAGUAUCGUGAUACUAUUGGAUCGUGGCGCCACUGGGGAUUACCACCCCUACCUUCUUAGAUAACUUAUAGUGUUAUUCAAUGCAAAAAGGAAGUAACAUCUGUAUUAAUGCUGCCUGUAACAUCUGAUAAUGGUUAUCUAAGUUAGCUAACAAUACUGAUCAACAACAGUAAUCAGGAAUUGCCAACUUUAGCAGUUGUAUUACCACCCCUACCUUCUUAGAUAACUUAUAGUGUUAUUCAAUGCAAAAAGGAAGUAACAUCUGGUUAAAUGCUUGAUUCUGAUUGGUCAAAACCUCAUAGUAACAAUUAUUCAUUUGCAUUUGUUGCUAAACUGAAGAUUCGUAGUCAUUGUUGGCUGACCAGUCACCAGUGCAGACAUUAAUAAGUGGGGUAUUAAAAGACACAAGGAGCUAAAUCAAAGAGACAUCAACCAAAGUGAAGAAAACAGACACAAAUAAACCACAUAUGCUUUAUAUGAAGCCUCUUGCUAUUUAUACAUUCUGUUAUAGUGUAAAGAAUAAUGAAGUUAAGUGUUGCUUCUGAUACAUGUAUGUAUCAGUCAUGUCCUGGAAUCCAAUCCAACAUGACACAGUAUUUUUCUAUUUCAUGAAUUAAUUAGAAAAUUGGUUUCGUUUGGAGAAAAUCUUCAUCAUGUGAUAUCAGCAGGAUAUAUUAGCCAUCACUCUCUGUCAUUAUCUUGGAGUGUUACUGUUGGAUUUCCUGUCUGAGCUUGUCCCGUCUUCUCCUCAGUGUUUUUUUUUACAUACCUGAUCUCUCCCUGAUUUUCUGUAGAAAAGCAAAACCCACUGCUUGUGGCGCUUCUUGGGGCACCCCGAUGGGAGCUGGUGCUGAACAAGGCGGCAUGUGGGUGUGCACUCAGGUGAACACACAUGCCAUGCCAGCCUUUGCUCUGAAUAAAUGAUCAGGGCCUCGUAUUAAAAACAGACUCAUCAAUGAAUAAGUCAGAGCUUGUUUCUCCUUCUUUUUAAGUCCUAACAGUUGAUGUUAGAGUUUGAUUUUUAAAUUAAAAAUCAAGACUCUGAGGUACAACACUGGCAGCAGAACGACUCUAGUCCACAUUAAAAGUGCAGUCAAUAACUGAAUGGAGAGCACACUUGGUUAACUCUGCACACUUCAUUAAAUGGGGCAGCAUGAAUAACUCAUUAGGCCUCAUGAAGUAAGUUUUUCCGUGAAUCACAGACAGAUCUCAUUGCCCUUUCUGAAAAACAGCUCCUUUCUGUCAGGCCUUUUGCUAUUUAUUUACUCAUCUCUGAGUCUGUGUCUGACCCGGAUCAUAAAUCAUACAUACUCUGCUUACUCUGGGCACUUUUUUGCGCCGCAGCCAGAGUCAGUCUCCCAUUGCAGAUUUUAUUUUUCUCUUUGCCCUCCUAGAGAGUCGUCCUUGACCUACUUUCAAACCGUCCAGGGAGGGGCAGCAAGUGAGUGCAUGUGAGAGUGCAGGGUGUGCACGUGUGUCAGCAUGAGUUUCAUCAGUCUGUGUGUGUGUCUGAAUACUUGUAUGACAAGAGUUUAUGUGCGUGUUGGGGGAGAGAAGGGGCUAUGAGGGCAUGCAUGUAGUCACAUCAUGUAAAAUCUGCUCACAUGCAACCUCUGUCACUUUCCCUGUGGUGACACAUGUCACUUGGGGAACGCAAAGAGAGGACUCGCCUGCCUGGGUGUAAAGAAGUGUAAAUGAAAAAAAAAAAAAGAGAGAUGUUAUUUGUGGGUGUCACUACCUUUGGGGGACUGUGUGUGGGAGGAUUGAUAUUACGCUUCUUAUCUGAGGUGAGGGGACGCUCAUUAAUUUACAGUAUGCUGUGCAGAUGGCCUGUGUGAGUGGGCGUGCAAGGACAAGAUGUAUCAGAGGGAGCUCAGAGGUAUGAGAGGAAAAGUGGCGCGAUCACUUUCUGCACAGUUUUAAAUGAAAACAUCAGUGAGGAGAGAAAAGAGAAAAUAAGGCACAUUGUGUAACCUUGAAAUAUUGACAUUUUAAUGUGAGGAAAAUUGGCAAUUAUUGUGCUAAGUAUUCCAUUUCAUGAAUGAAGCUGUUUUUACUGGUAUUGUUCUGCAAAUUAUGGUUAAAAUGACCGUGUGGAUGUGGAAGUGGUGGCUUGUUGUGAGGAGAAUUAUCUGCAGUUUCUUGCUGUUGAAGCUUCUUCCAGAAUGAACAGCUGGUAGCUUUCAGUUUUGGAGAAGUCAAGCUGCUUUGAACAAUACAAUCUCUUGCAGUUUAUAAUCUUUUGCGAAGUUUAAUAAACUCUCUUAACACUCCCUAUUGGACAGAGUCUCAUAACUCUAUGUUAAACAUUAUAUUUACCAUUUACCAUCAGAAGUUUAACAUCAAAUAUUGUUCUGUUAUAAAGGGGAGUGAAAGAGACUCAGUCCAAAGUUGACUGUAACGUCUCUUAUAUGUCAAGACCUCGAGAGAUGAAUGUUGCCGACCGCUUGCUUCUCUAGUUAUACCAACUUUUGUAACGACAGCGCGAUGGUAAUACAAAGCGGUCUGAGGAGCCAUUAACAAACCUCAACCAAAAAGCCACUCUACAGCCACAAAUAAUGUUCAGAACAGCACCUAACUUCAUCAACAGAACAUAUAGGGUCCUAACCAUAGCACUAGCCGUCAAACAUCUUUUUAACUUUGCCUAAUUUCUUUAGCAAAGAGACUAAACACAACUCACCUACUCUCUUCCAGCAGCCGCUUGUUUGUAGCGAGACCUAAGGCCAGUCCAUUACGGACUUCAGCGGGGUGCCGCAGCUCAAGGAAGAACAUUUAUGAUCAUUUCUUCAUCAUAAUGCAAUCAGACCGAGACGCUAAGGCAGAAGAACUACCGCGUCUGCAGUGCAAAAUGACUGAUAUGGUGAUUGUUACUUCAAGGAAAUGAUAAAGAAAUGGCUCCUCAGACCGCUGUGUAUUGCUAUCGUGUGGUCGUUACUUAAGUUGGUGAAACUAGAGAAGCAAGUGGUCAGCAACAUUCAUCUCUCGAGGGGGUGUCUAACUCAGUGUUCGCCAACAUAUCCCUUUAAAGUAGUGGUAUUUGUCUGUGCUCUUGUGGCCAUUAGUUGAGCUAUGCAGAUCCAAAUAACAGAUGAUUUUCAGUCAGGACCACUCCAGUCAAAAAUAACAUUGUUCUGAUGCAAUAAGUAAUAUUUGGUUGUUCUGGGGGGUCCCUCCCCUUCCACAAUCACAGUAUAGCACAUAGCCACCCCAGUUACCUUCCUAUGCUUGCUACCUUACAUUGCUAGCGUCGCAUAACCAUCAUCAUUAGCAUUUUAAGGGUAAUUUGGAGGUUCAAAGCAUCUGUCUCUUUUAACAUUCGCAGUGCUUGCUGAUCUGAUGAGUUGAAACCAAUUUGAAAAAAUGCAUUACUCAGCCACUUCAGGGUUUGCAAUCUGUUAAAAUCGGUGCAGCACAGGAUCAGUGGUAUCGACUGCAUUUGAGGGAGCAAUCAAAAUCUUCUGAAAUGCACCCUUCAAAGGAUACAGCCCCAAAAUCUGAACACAGGUCAUGAUGUUUUGGUGGGUAGUUUGUUUUCACGGUCUUGUUUCCAAGUUUAAUAUUUAAUAUUUUUCCUCUUUACCCUUGGAGCAUUGGACUCUAAAACUGUGGAGAACGACGAGGUGCAAAGAAACCUUGGUGAUACUCCCAUAAUGUAUGGAAAUAUCUGAAAGUAGGAAUUGGCAAACAUUGUUCUCAACUAAACUUUUCGAUAUAAAGUCAUCUUCCUAAGUCUGGGAAUAAAAACUCACAUCCUUAUUGUGAAGGAGCUUUGCCUCCUUUAUUUCCCACAAUUGUUGAUGUAUCUCUAAUCUGUAUAUGAUGUUGCUGACGACUCGACUUUCCUAAACAGUCCCUGUUUGUGGGUUUAUGAGACAGGGUUGUUGUUUCCUCCCAGAGGUGAGAUAAAUGCUUGACUGUGCUCUGAACUCUCCAUGUUUGCCCGUUGGGUACCAGCUUUUUUUUGCUUUUUCUGCGUCUGCCACCAGACUCGAAGUAAUGCACUCGUGAAAUAUUGAUGCACUGUAACUCGUCUGUAGCUGCUUUGAUAAGCUGAGAAGGCAAAAAGAGGUCUUUGUAGCUGGGGAGUUUAUUUGAGGGUGGUAAUUAACCCUGUCAUCUCGUAAAUGGCGAUCUUUCUUCAUCCGGUGUUGUAAUUAGAGCAAUGAGGACAAAAGUCAUUGGCGGCCACCCACCGUCUUGGUUUACAAUACAGCCAAGUCUAUUAUUGUCUUUGCCAACAGCCUCAGCAGCUGCAAAUAAACACAGAAAACAUUGAUUAUUCACUCACAUUAUAGGCUUGAAUGCAGCUGCUCUGGAUGGCAUUGUUCAAUCUUUAUCGCAGCUGGGUUACAGCAUUGUUUCACCACUCAGACGUCGUUUGUUUUUACACUUUUUCAUUCUCUCUGUGGAACAAAAUGACUGCGCUGGACUUUGAAACCCACUGAGAUCUCUGUGAUACUUUGUUUCUAUCCCCACAUGGUUAUUCUGGUGUGAGAUUCUGACAGAAUCUUGUCGGUACCACUCUGAUUAGCUUCUAGCAAAACUUGAAACAACACGGGGAGUAUUUGUGUGUUGUAUGUGAGGAGCUGGCUUCCUUUACUGAGAUGAAAGUCUUGGCUGUCUUUCAUCUCACUCUGCAGUCUCCCCCGGUUUAGAAAAAAGAAGUCCUCUGAAAGUUUUGGAUCUGACUCAAGCUUUGUAAAAGGUACUUUGUUUUGUAGUCUUGAGAUAUGUGGUAAACAAUACGCUGCCUUUUAAGUGUGAUGUUUAGCAGGUGAUCGCUCUGGAAGUGGCUGACAUCUUUAUCCACCAAGAGCUGAGCGCACAUGUCAGACAGUGAAGUUCCUCUUUUUCUCAAAACCACUGGAUUACUUAAAGCAUGUGCUCUUAUUAGCUCAGAGUCAAGACAUCUUGCUGCUGCUCUAUCCCCUCUCUAAACGCAAUGCAGUAGUAGCAGAUGGCUGUCAAACAUAGGGCUGUGCGAUCAACCGAAAAUUUUCCAAUACCAAAAUUUACGACAAUAACUGACGUCAUUUUGCCCCAGUCAACAUACUCUGUGUUAAUAAAAAAAAAACAAAUAAAUAAAAGUUGGUUUUGUACGUGUGUAGGUAGGCUAUGGUCUUAUGUCCCUUUAAGCCGCUGUCCUACGUCAGAGACAUGACUCCGCCCCAUCCAGUCCGUAACAAAGAACGAAAGACAGGUGAGGAGAUGGAGGACGGUUCAAAAGUUGUAGAAGCUGGAGCGGCGGCUGCAGUAGACGAAGUUUAUGUGGGAGGGGGUGAGCAGCUUGUGGAGUAGUUAUCGUCCAUUGAUUGCUAUCGAGGUGAAUUGCUUGAUAUAUCCUGAUAUUGAUUUGAGGCCAUAUCGCCCAGCCCUACAAUGUGAGUCUGGUUCUGCUCGAGGUUUCUGCCUGUUACAGGAAGUUCUCCCUUUUGUCUGUAACUCGCUAAAAGCUGCAAAGUGCUCGACUCAUGCGGUUGAAGAUUAGAUGGGAGUGGAUCUAAUCACAAUCUCAAUCUUAUACUCUCUUUUAGGGCUGGGCAAUAUGGCGUCAAAUAAAUAUCACAAUAUUUUUAGCAGUUCACCUCAAUAACGAUAAAUAAACAAUAACUACUCCACAAGCUGCUCACCCCCUCCCACAUUAACUUCGUCUACUUCAGCUGCUACAACUUUUGAACCGUCCUCCAUCUCCUCACCUGUCUUUCCCUCUUUGUUAUGAACUGGAUGGGGUGGAGUCACGUCUCUGAUGUAGGACAGUGUCUUAAAGGGACAUGAGGCCAUAGCCUACUUACACACAUUCAAAAACUAUUUUUAUUUAUUUAUUUGACACCGAAUCUAUUAACAUCGGCCAAAAGAUGUCGGUUAUUGUCGUACAUUUCUGUAUCGGUAUAUUUUUGGUUUAUCGCCCAGCCCUACUUCAAAUACACGCAUUAGUCUCACCUCUGUCCAUCUCUAUCUCUCUCUGCAUCUUCCUCUAUCCUUUCUCUAAACACAAUGCAGUAGCGGCAGAUGGCUGUCAAACAUGAGUCUGGUUCUGCUUGAGGUUUCUGCCUGUUGAAGGAAGUUCUUCUCUUGGCUAUAACUAGCUAAAUGCUGCAAAGUGCUGCACUCAUGUGGUAUUCUGUCUUUAUGAAUAAAGCAUAUAGGAAAAGUGACAUUAAGUGAAAAUAACGGAGGGAGCUGCUCUUAGCUUUGCAUUAUUUGCCUCCUAUUUUUGUAUGACGUGAGAUGGAGCUGUGUAUCAUUGCUUAUAUAAUACACAGUAAGGUUCAUUGACUUAAAGGCCGGGUAAAGACGUGAAGAGAUGCUUAUAUAAUGCAAACAGAGAUGACAACAACUGACAGUUCUGACACUGUCCGAAGACGUUAAGUCAGCCUUUCCUCCCAGCAUUUGUUCCCAAAUCUUUUUAUAAGCACGUGCCUGUUUUCAUGCGUGUAUAUGUGUGAGUGUGUGCGUCACAUGGUCUCUAUGCUGCGUCCAGUGAUCGGUGAGUCACACAGGAAGUCACUCACUCUGACGAAUGUGGUAGACGCACACACAAACACAAGAGCGAACAGUGGAUUUGCGAUGGUCUUGAGCCCCGCAUGGAGGAUUUCAAAUAUGUCUGAGUGUGAGCGUACACAUUCUGGACGCACCACCUGUGACGGCUCAGUGUUGAGACCCAGUCACUUUGGCAAACACACAACACACACACACACGCAUGCAGAUCCUCUGAGUCACUGACAGAGGCAUCUUCACUCGUUUUCAGGAGCUCGAUUAAGGAUAAAAAAGGUGUUAAGUGUGUGAAGGGGAAACCUGACAGAUGUUUCUGAAGGGUUCUUAUUUUGACCUCCUCUCUUUUCAUGGAGUGAUGUACCCUUUACAUGCACACAAAAAGGUCUUCAUGAACACACACUUGUGCAUACACACACACAGAAAGGGACAUGUGCAUGUGGGAUGACAACAGUAAAUAGAAACCAGCAGGCUGAGAGGCUUCUGGCACACCUCAGCGCUCUGUUGACUUUCCUCAUUGAUUAUGCAGCAAAGCACAAGGUACAGUGUGUUUGUGUCUGUGUAUGUGUGUGUGUGUGCCUGUAUAUUUGAAUAGAAAAUAGCGGCUUCGGGGAGGAGGAGGUCAACAUUAACAUGCUGCUGUUAUCUCAAAUGCUAAACACAUGCAUGGCCAUGCUUAGGCUGGUAAAAAAAAAAGUCAAAAACAGUCGAUUCUUUCUUCCUGUUUGUCCAUGUUUGAGUCAACACAGUCUGGAAGAAAGACGUUGAAUGGUUCCAAUAGAGUCUCUGUAUCCUUUACUAAAUGAAUAUAACGAUGGACGACAUGCUUCUACCUUGGUUGUACAAAAGUGAAGCCAAAAUACUGACAAGAAAUUGCAAGAAAGAUCGCUUAACAACACAGUUCACAACAGAACAGAUUCUUGUGUUACUACUAAUCGGUUCAGACAGUGAUGUAGGAGCCUCAUUCGUCAACAGAGCUGUCAAUCAUUAUAUCAUAACUCUAUUUUAAAGUCUAGUUCAAAUCAAAUCUCUCAGACAUAUCAACGCUAACAUUUAUUAGCAUGUUAAGAGCUAGCUAUAAUGAUAGAAGUGUUUGAAAAGGAUGCCUUCAACAUGUAUUUAGAUUUUAAAGUUUGACCCAUGUCCCAUCUGUUUACAUGGAGAAGGCUUGCUUAUCGACCUUUAUUGCAGCCAGCCACAAAGGGAGCUUUUACUGUUUUGGUUGUAAUUUUAAGAAGCUAUUAUUCCAUCCAUUUUUUGUUACACAUUAUGACAGAUACCGAUCCAACAACAGGUAAUCCAGGAAACUAAUUUGUUUUGACUGAUACUGCAGCAAGUCAGUAGGGGGAGCUCUAACUGGUUUGGCUUCACAUCCAGUUUCCUUUUUGUGUGGCUUUCUUUUAAAGCAAGAAGCUAGCAGCGACUUUUACAAUUAUCUCUCAGGGCUGUACAUUUUUAUUCUGAAAUAAAAAUCUUUAUUUGAAUAUUCGGGGGUAAAGUUUAUAUUUAAACUGUAUAGAGCUGUUAAAACUCAAAGUAAUCCAGUAUAUUAGCAAAUAAGGCCACCCAAACUGCCUUACCACAUGAUCCAGCAGAGGGCACUGUCAUUGUAACUUGACCAAUCCAUGUGUUCUUGACCUUAGUAAACUUAUCAGCAGCAUUACUCCACAAAAAUGGAGGCCCUUUCGCUAAAAAAAAGGCCAUCCACAAUAAGACGGCAAAAUUCCAUUAUGUUUAUUAUUUGUGUGGAGAUUGGCUUUUUUGAAUAGGUGUGUGUGUAGCUUUGAGGGCUUUUGGAGUCAGCCUCAAGUGGACACUCUUGGAACUGCAGUUUGUGGCACUUCCACAUUGGUUUUAUUUCUCAAGUUUGAAGGUUGCUGCUUGGGUUUAACAGCAGCAACACAGUUACAAAAUCACAGCUGUAGAUAUUAUAACUUUUAAUCUUGUGCCACAGCAGGGAAGGGAUAUGGUAAAAAAAGCAUUUUACUGGAUGUAGAAUGAGUAAGAGUAAGAUUGGAGAAUGGUUGAUCAACAUUGUUUUUAUGUUUUCCGUUAAAUCAGAGACCAGAACAAUCGAUCACACCUCUUAAAGAACAUUUUGGGGUCCUUAGAGGCCAGAUACAGAGCUUAUGUGAUUAGAUUAGAUCAGAUAAGAUUAGAUUAGAUCGAGUUUAUUGAUCCUGUAGAUUUUUAACACUUGCCAAGUUCUUUCUGGGCUGAAACCUCAUCAAACAUAAAUCAAAGCAUCAGAAAAACUAUGUUUUGAUCAGUGUUGCUGCUCCUUUGGAGACGGAAUAAGAUGAUUGAAAGCCUUUGUAGGACGUCAUGGAGAAAAAAACCCCUACAGAAUUAAGUUUGAAGUUGGGAUUAAAAAGUGACGCGAGUGUUUUUUAUAGAAGUUUUAUCAAAGUUAUGUAUUUGUGUUUCUCAUUCGAAAAAGAAGCUUUUAAUUCUCUCUGUGUGUGUUUGUGUGUGUGUGUGUGUGCAUCCAGGGAGAGAAAGGACCAAUUUCUUUUCAAUUUCUUUGCAAAUAGCAGAGGGAUUGGCUUUUGGAGCACAGCUGUGAUUGCAUUGAUUUUCAGACCAAAGUGAACAACCAUUUUCCACUUUGAUACAUCUGACUUUGUUGUCAACAGCAAAUUAUGAGCAUCAGGUGUGUUAAAAUGCGCCGACAAGUCCCGACCAGGCAGCCCUCACAUGCUCAGAUCUACAACCAAGGUCAGAGCUCUUCAGCUGCCCCGGGGUGAGGGUCGUGUUGUACGUCAUUAUGGUCCUUCUCGCCUGCUUGUUUUAUCAUGCAGACGCUAUUUUCAUGAGAUAAAAUCCAAGGCUUUCGCUCACUCUUGAGUGACUCAUAUGUAGUAAGCCUUUUUAUGUUGCCUGAGGCGGUCAUUGUGUUUGAGUAUCCCCCGCUCCUUAAGUGUGAUCCAUGAGAGUAUGCAGCUUUUCUUCUGAUCUGGAUGAUGUGGCAACGCAUGUUUUCAAGAUACUCAAUCUCACUGCUUUGUUGUCAAUCAUGAUCGUGUUGUGUGUGAACCUGUGCGUGGUAAAGAGGGCCUCAUGAUGCGUGACUCCCACUAUGGGUCCUCUCCUCCCCACACCCUUUAGAUGACUCCUGAUCCCCCGCUGGCGUGUCCCGACCUUUGGCAGUUUCUGAGGAGCUGCUUCUUGCUCACUCAAAUCUGAGCCCAUGAGAUAUACUUUGUGACAGUCACACAGACGUCUUCCUCUUUGGUUUUUACUGAGAGUUACAUAAUUUUUCCUUUUGCGAUCCUUAAAGGAAACAGCAGAGACAGAGUUCUAGGAAAGUUUAGUUCAACUUCCAUUCAAGAACAGAGCAGAUUUCCUGUUUUUAUGGAGGUUUGCACUAAUUACUCCAUCCUCUCAAGAGCCUUAGAGAGAGUUUUUAGCUGGUUAUGAAUCAAACUUAAAUCAGAAAGUGAUGCUUAUCACCCACUCAAGCAAACAGUACCAUCUGCAACAAGAUGGAUUUGCUCUCUCCAGAUAUUAUUGUUGCUUUGAAAUCAGUGCUGCAGGGAAGGUUUCGGAUCAAGGGAUGCUCAGCACACCAAAGCUUUUGUUUACGUUUUCUACAUCACAGAAUUUCAGUGAAACAGGACUUCUUACAAAGAUACAAGAGGCACCACUUUGGCCACACGGGGCGCCAAAGUCAAGACAGAAUAGCAGUUCCUCUCAGAUGAAAUUGUCCUGAUAUUGCUCAAUAUUUGGGGUCAUUAUCAUCCAAUCAAAGUGAAUGGUGUUGCAACCGUAGACUGUCUCCUCUCUGGGUGAAGCCAGCCCGAGAACAGCACCCUCUAGUGACAGGCUGCAGUAUAGGUCAUAAAUCCCGCCUCCGCCAGCAAUCCCUAUGGAGCUGUGGAUAAACUUUAGAAAUUUAUUACACAGAAUAUAAAUUUUUCUCCUCCCUGGUUGCAAUGUUGGCAAGUAGUUAUUGUAAGACUGUUUUGUGCUCAAGUCCUCUUUUUUCUGCACAGCCCUAUUUUUAAAAGUUAUUAGGGGGCUCAUGUUUUCUAUGAUUGACACCUGAUACAGCCUAUGGGCGUACGAAGAUUGUGUAGCUCACCUGAGAGAUACGAUGUUUGAGCCGAGCGUCACCACAGCAACUCUUGACGACUCUCCUGCCGAACGCGUACAAUGCUACUACGCAAUAUUGAUUUCAGGAAGUGGAGAAAAAUCGCGGAAUUACCGAGAGCUUUUUGGCUUCAAAUCUGUAUACUGGUGGAUGGUGGAACCAAGUUGUCCAUAGUAUGUACAGUCUAUGGUUGCAACUUACACAACAAUAUCCCCAAGUUUUAUGCAAAAAUUAUGUUGUCUUUAAUGUCUUUGCUCAGUUCCUGUUUCAAAGUUUUGUCUAGCUAGCGUUGUGCAUCUUUGGUGUCUUUUACCUCAGCUGUCAUUCAUGCGAUCAGGCAGACAGGCAUGAACGAACAAGUAUGAUAACAACUCAACGACUGACCAGUUAGAGAGUUAACACGCUCGUCUGGCUGUCAGUGAUAGAGCCAGCAAGAAAGGACUGGCAGGAAGGAAAGUGGGCGUGCUGAGAGACCACAGUCUGACUCAGUCUCUGCCAGGUCUUUUGGAGAGUCGAUGGGCGCUCGCGGAGCCGCUGUCAUCAUCACCUAGCACGUCCAUGUGACAGUCAGACUAGCAUGUCGACAUGCGGGGGAGGAUAACGCCUCCCAUGUGAUGUUUGGGGAAACUCUAAAACAGUUUUCAUCAUGUUGUCAUUACGCAAGAUCAGCCCCCACCGCGGGACACGCUGUCACCCUCAUUAUCAUCACGGUCAUUGUGAGUUAUUGCAGUGAAAACAUUAGUAAUGCCACGGUGGAGAUAGUGGAGGUGAGUUAAAGCCAAGAGGAGGGAACGUUUGUCUCCUUGUCUUUGUUUUGGAUUUAGUCCAGUCACAUUUUUAAGAAGUGUUUUGACUAGUUUGACGGCAUUUUCCGACAAACUUUAACCCGACUACUGACCCAAAACAUGACAUUUUCCCCUCAUGAGUAAACAAAAUAAAACUUGAGUGGAGAUCUUAAACAAAGAAGACACAUCAUUAAAAAGUCACCCCUCUCUCUCUCCCUUCUCCUUUUCUUUAUCUGUGCAUGUAACACAACUUGCAUAUGAAAAAGUUGUAGUUCAUUAUGAUAACGUGUGUCGAGCACAACUAUCCAAAACUGAGAGUGCAGCAACACAAGGAUGAAGUGUGUGUUAGUAAAGCAGAGGGAUGGAGUGAGCACAGAGUGAAGCUGCAGUAUUAAUGACAAUCCUGUUUCAUACAUGAAAAGGAGUUGAGGUGGACUGAGACUACGUUUACAUGUGCCUGACUAUUUUUAUAAACGGACAUUUAACCCUCUCCAUUUACAAAAAAAAAAAAACUGCGUGCACACCACUAAGUUUUCAGAAAAGUUUUUGUUUACAAUAACCUGCGUAUGUGUUGCCGUGGGCGAACAUGUGGGCGGCAGCGUUGCAAAUAGUUCAAGCCCACGUUAGCCAAUCAAAAUCCUGCAUAGUAGCAACAACAACAAUGUCCCUUCCUUCUUUCUUGCGCACAAUCUACCAUCGGCUACCCACAUCUCCGUUUUCCCUUCUUUUUUUUACUGGUGGACAUGCAAACUGAGAAGCAUCGUUUUCAGAGGCGUAUUCUCUGUUUCUCUAAACAAAGGUUGGAAAUGAUGGUUAAUGUGUCCGUUUUUAAAAAUAACCGGGUGCAUGUAAAUGGGGUUUGAACAUCUGGUUUACAACAGGAAGUAAGAGUGGGAGCACAUUAAGGCUGCAUUUUUCACAGUGGCCAGUAGGAAGAGACCCUCUGGUUGUAAAAUCAAGUCCAUUGGUUCGGGGUCUUACAUAUUAAAUGUUUUUUUGUUUUUUUUUUGAAAACAUAAUCAUAAAUAUCAUAGAUGAGAAAGUAGUUUUGAGAGUUUCUCUGUUGAAAUGACAAAAUACUAUAUUUUUGUACAACUUUAUCCUUGUAGCACUAAUAACGAAGGGCUCUUGAAACAUCCUGACUUAAUCCUCGAAAUCUUUGCCAUUUUUUCUCCCUCAAUGCGACCCAAUUCAUCCGUUACAGCGAGAAAAUCAUUUCUAUUAACCACAGAAUUUCAGAAAUGUGGGAUGUUCUGGCCUAUUAGUAACAUAUGUCAGUCUCUUUUUCUCUGAAGGAAGGCAAGUGACCCUGAUCCAAUUAGAAACAGACUUUCACGAAGCUUAGAGUGUGAAAUUUCACCAUCAUUCAGCUUGUAUUUCCUGCUGUACUCUCAAAGCUCUGUGAUCCCCUGGCCCUCUCCGCUGUCUUGGAUCAUUCUCGCUCCAUGAGAAAUAUAACAGAGGGGAACAGAUUAACAGGGACAAGCAUGGAGGCCCCCUUACAUUACGCUGAAUCGAUUGGUGUGGGAUAAAUAUAGGACGUCUUAUUACUUCACAGGAAAAGAAAGGGGGUGAGAUAGGGUUGAUGUGAGUCGAUUAAUAUGCCCAUUAGAUUUCUGCUGACUCAUCUUCCUCGGCGUAAAACUGACGAUGCCUUUUGUUCUCUCUGCACGUGUGGUUUCCUUUCUUUUUCUGUAUCAGACGCUAACAUCCAUUUUGGAGCAAGUACAGCUACUUCUGCAACGAUAUUCCAGAUCCACGGAAAAAAAGAAAAAAAAACACUGCCCUCAUUUUUAUUGUCUCUCAGCAGCAGCAGAGCAAUCUGCCCCCAUUUUUGCGGCUACAUCCAAUUCUAAGUUUCUAGAUAUUUUCUUUAGUUUUAAUAUUUCCAGAAGAGAAAAUAAUUUGUUUUUCUGCAACAAGGAUGCAAGAACUAGCGAAGAAAAAUAACAUCCAGUUUGACUUUAAUGACAUUCUGCUCAGUGGCAUAGCUAACCCUAAUUUGGCCCAGUUACUGUAUGAACCACCAUCACACACACACUUACACACUCACACACUCACACAUGCAGCAGCAGGAGUGAUGAUGAUGCGGUGGCAGCACUGCUGAUGCGAUUUGGCAUUACUGGGCCACGACUCCUGCUGAAUGCCCUCAAAUUUCGCCUCCCCUGUGCCCCCGUCGCCUCAUUCUUGGCGAACACUCCAGCGACCCCCCGUCUCCCUGACGUGUUGUUGAGUUUCACCCUCGUGCAGUCACGACUAGGCAUGCUCAUUUAGGGUCUCCACUGAGUGUGAAAUCACGAUGGAAGCUUAUGUACAAAUACGUUUUUAUGGUCUGCAACCAGAACUGAACACUUAUCUUUACAUUCAAUCGAAUAUGGCGAGCUUUUAAGAUCCAUCCAUGAUAGCUAAAUAAUUACAUCAAGUCUCAUAAAAGAUAUCAUUAUGCUUCUUUAAAGAUGGAGUAAAACUGCUCUGAUAGCAAUUAUCUCCCUUAUCUCCAUAUAUCAGGCUAAUUUCUUCAUUAUCUUUAGACAACAACGCUUGUUUUGCUCUAAUGUGGUUAUAAAUCAUAUCAUUAUCUCGAGAAAAAAAGGAGCCGAUUUGUUGAGAUAAUUAAUACCCAUUCAAGCGACAUUAAGAUGAUUUUUUCAGAGAUCAUUACGUGUAAUUAUGACAAACUUGAAAAUGAGAGUCUGAUCCUCGUGAGUACAUCUGGUUUUAGCUUUUAGAUUUAUAGACACGACUGAUAUGGAGAAAAGUAAGAAGAAUGAAUCAAAUGAUCUGCUAUUUCUUGGUGUUUCUGACCGCUGAUUCACAUUAGCAGUAAAAAAAGGGAGCAUGUUUUUUUGUUUUGCUUUGAUAAUAAGGCGUCUUUCAGAAAACUGAAUCUGAGUUUGAGUUGUCAGGUUGGGGAAGCUUAUUCGCUCCCGGGCAUGGCAGACCCCUGAGGGCAGGAGGAGAAGAAAGAAGUAGAGAGAAAGAGGUGGGAGGCAGGGAAGGGUGCGGGAUGUGAUAAUGAAAGGGGAGGAGAGGGUUAGGGUUGUAUUUACAGGAGUGGGAGAAGUACGCUUGAGGUGUGGUCCUGCUGCUUAAACUUUAUUAUGGACUAAACAAUUAAAAAGACAGAAUUCCUCAUUAGUUAAAGCUCCUGUGAAGAGUCUUUUAAACACUGAUGAAAUAGACUGAAAUCCACAUUAAUGCCUCUUUCUGAUCUACAAAAGCAACACUGAUGGUUUUUAUCUCACAGGUCUGUUGGGCGGUGCGCGUUUCACCGGCUCUUCCCAGAACUACAGCACCCUGCUGCUGGAGGAGGACGCCGGGCUCCUGUACGUAGGAGGGAGAGGAGCUCUGCACGCUCUCAACACUUCCAACAUCUCCACACCUGCGAACCUCACGGUGAGUGCCAAGAAGUAACAACAAAGACGCGGCAAACCGGAUUUCACAAGUUUUCACUCGUUUCCUGAGUUUUAAAAGAGGACGGACUAAUAAUAGCCUCGAGCAGAUUGAACAAAUCCCAUUGUGUCCCUCCAAUUUUUAUGGAUAUCGGAUUAAAUGCACCAGGCGUUUAUUCAAGAGUUACUGAGCAGAGUCAACACACAAGAUGGAGCCAGAAAAUGAAGUGAAAGACUCUUAUUCUCUUCUUCACCUCUUCCUUUUCUCUGUUUUUAUCCAUUUGUCCUCUCUGACUAUUGAGCUAACUGACUCAUCCUGAUUAACCCCCAUUGUGCGCAGAUUGAUUGGGAUGCUUCCCCUGAGCAGAAGAAGCAGUGUCUCAACAAAGGAAGAGACAAUAAGGUACAAUUCUGCAUUUCUACUCUUUUGUUUCCAAUCGUCUGCCAUUUUUUCGCAGUAAGAAUUGAUUUAUUGACAUAAAAUUGAAUGAUUAAAUCCAAAACUUGUGCUUUUUAAUGUGACGAUACUUUUGAAAUCAAUCCAAGUGUAUAAUCUCUUUAGAAUGUUUUCUUUUCAUACCCUAAAAAUACACUAAUUCCUUCAAUACUGGCAUGAAAUCGUUCCUGAACUGCUCCGACUGGCCUGUUUUUUCCCUCCAGCUCCUCUAUUGUGGAGCCAGAAAUAACCUGCCCUCUUUGUGGUUCCCUGCAGACAGAGUGCUACAAUCACAUCCGCUUCCUUCAGCGUUACAAUGAGACUCACCUGUACACCUGUGGAACAAACGCCUUCAGACCUCUCUGUGCUUACAUCGUAAGAGCUCAUGUGAUUUAACCGCCGCACAUUUACCAACGGUCUCAGAUUACAAUGGCGUGAUUGCGUGUGCUUCUUUUUCCCUCUUUUGCAAGGAUGCAGAGAGGUUCAGUUUCUCCUCGGGCUUUGAGGAGGGCAGAGACAGGUGUCCAUACGACCCAGCAAAAGGAUACACAGGACUGCUAGUAGGUACGUUCGCCGAAAUUCAUGUACAUGUAAGCUGCAUAAAAAGUACCCAGAAAUGAGCAAAAACUGAACAACAAUGAGUCAAAACAUAUUUCUAGUCAAAACAGCCUUUUAUAGCAUGUUUUGACCUUAUUAGUUAGUCACAUUAUCGUGCAAAGAUAUGUUAACCAACACUAAGCACAAAUGCAGCAGAAGCUGGUGGGUAUUAGUCAUUAAUUUUAGGUAAUUUGAUCAUUAGCUAGAGUGAAAUUUGAGAGAUUACUAUUUAAUUUAACAUUUGCGACACAAUUAAGUUCUUAGUGAUGGGCCUGGCAGUUCUUUUAGAUGUACUGAAUCACUAGAAUCAGUUCACUAAAAAGAUUUGUUCGAAAGAUUCAUUCACCAAAUCACAGAAUCAUUCAGUGCUUGGUGGGAGGAGCCUGCGACUCCGACCUCCUGAACUGAUACACAGCUAAACGGUUCAGGAUUCAGUUCAAUUCAGAGCUUCUGGGAGACGAGAGUGUUUGGCUGUGUUGCUUUAGCAAACAGGUUUGCAAAAUUGUUUUUAAGUUUAUAAGUCAUGAUGUUUUAAGUGUACUGUCCUGUGGUACGCUACAUCCACUCUGCUCGGUAAAUUGGACUCAGUGAGUGAUUCGUUCAUUAAAGGUUUAGAAGAAUUCACACUGAACAUGGACUGCUGAGAGACAAACAGAUCUCUUGAGGAAGUGAUUCGGUUCGGUACGUUCACUUAAAAGAUUCGGUUCUUUUGAGCGAAUCGUUCGUGAACAACACAACACGAUAAGUUAGAGGGCUGUAAGUUUUUUGAUAUUUUUCCUAAGAAGUGCAUACAGGCUGUGUCAAAUUUCACGCUAAUUGAAAUAUUUCUGUCUGAAUGAAUAACAGAUGCUUGAACAAGUUCAGAAAUCAUAGACAUGAUAAAAAAAGGAUAUUUGAGGAUGCUGAGCUGUUAGCAACCUUGAAACAGACCAUGAAAUUUAGCUAAUUUUAAGACCCAUACACUAACAGCAUAUAGGUGGGAUCUCUGGGUUAUACUCUUACUAUUGACAAGCACCUCAUACAACCCUAUUAAAUGGGAAUAAAACUAUCAAUUUAAGGUAAUUGUUGUGUUGAGGUUUAGAUAUUUUAAUGUAGUUAGUUUUGAUUUAUUUCACAAACUGGUUAAAAAAGCCAUAUGUCUUCUAUAGCUAAAGCAGGUUAGUUUUUAUUGCAAAAUUAAAGUUCAUUCGAUAUAAAAACAACCCUUCUAUGUGUUUUUAUACUUCUAUGAAUACAUCAGGUGUCAGGUGACAGUCAGCCUCCUCAUGCUGCACUGUGUUGUUUUCAUUUGCAUCUUAUUUAGCUUAGAUGUCAACAUUAAUUUCCACCUUAACCGAUGUAACUGUAACUGUUUCAGACGGUGAGAUGUUCACAGCCUCCCAGUACGAGUUUCGAAGCUCUCCAGACGUGCGCAGAAACUUCCCGUUCCCUACGCUCAGGACCGAGGAGGCCCCCACCCGCUGGCUUCUGGGUAAAUAUGAAGGGAGAUAGUCUUUAUGCACUUUAAGUAAUGAGAAGACACAGCAGCAGUCACUAAUGUAUGUCAUUUCCCUUUCCAAAUGGACCAAACCUCAUUGUCUUUUUACACGUUUUAAUCCUAUCAGAUUUUUUGCUGUUACAACAAAAACUGAUUGACCCGCUGAAUGAAAAUCACAUCAAACAGCGCACUGCAGCUCUAACCGGCUUAUUGUGGCACUUCAAUCAUACUUAAAAGCUCCAUCCUUAGUUUCCUAGGAGACACUUCCUCGGCUGGUAAAAGGUCUGUGUUUAAACAUGUGGAUCUGUGUGUGAGUGUGUGUGUGUUUGUGUGUUUGCAGAGGCAGACUUUGUGGGCUCGGUGCUGCUGAAAGAGAGCAUCAACAGCUCUAUCGGCGACGAUGACAAGAUUUACUUCUUCUUCACGGAGAGGAGCCAGGAGCAGAUCGCCUACCCGAGCCAGACCAAGGUGUCGAGGAUCGCCCGAGUCUGCAAGGUCAGAGAAAGCAACUAAAGUAAUAUUACAGACUACAAUGAUGUUAAAGUUAAUAGAAACAAUAGCCCACAAAAGCUUAAAGGGAUAUUCGGACGUAAAAUAAAUUUGGGUCAAACACACCGUAGCACCAAGUUAGACACCCCCCCAAGAGAUGAAUGUUGCCAACUGCUUGCUUCUCUAGUUAUACCAACUUUAGUAACGACCACAUGAUAGCAAUACACAGCGGUCUGAGGAGUCAUAAACAAACCUCAACCAAAACGCCAUUCUAUAGCCACAAAUAAUGUUCAGAACAGCACCUAACUUCAUCAACAGUACAUAUAGGGUCCUAGCCACAGCACUAGCCACCAAACAUCUUUGCCUAAUUCCUUUGCAAAGAGACUAAACACAACUCACCUACUCUCUUCCAGCAGCCGUUUGUUUGUAGUGAGACCAUUUCUUCAUGGAAAUGCAAUCAGACUGAGACGCUAAGGCAGAGGAACUACAGCAUCUGCAGUGCAAAAUGAUUAUUAUGGUGAUUAUCACUUUAAGGAAAUGAUAAAGUAAUGAUGAUAAAUGUUUUUCCUUGAGCUGUGAAACCCCGCUGUAGUCUAUAAUGGACUCGCUACAAACAAGCGGCUGCUGGAAGAGAGUAGGUGAGUUGUGUUUAGUCUCUUUGCUAAAGAAAUUAGGCAAAGUUAAAAAGAUGUUUGGUGGCUAGUACUAUGGCUAGGACCCUAUAUGUACUGUUGAUGAAGUUAGUUGCUGUUCUGACUAUUAUUUGUGGCUGUAGAGUGGUGUUUUGGUUUAGGUUUGUUUACGGCUCUGUGUAGAGCUGUCAGCAUCUCCAACUGUGUGCUCUCAACUUGACAGCACCAAACUUUACCAAUACUUACGGAGAUGAAAUUAAAGGGGAAACUGCUCACUAUUUUGGAGUCAAUUCACGACAAUUAUGACACAGAUCUCUCAUAGUUCACUUCCUGGAACAAUCUAGGAACUCAUUAAGAUGCUAAAUGAAUAAGGAAUACUCUCCAUUAUUAAUAAUGCCUUUUUGUGUGGUGGUCAAGCUUCAGAUAGUCCCACACUUAUUUAACAUUUGAUCACUUUAAAAACAGAAAUGUCAAAGUCGUGAAGGAUUUGUUUUCCUGUUCCCCCCAGAGGUCUUUGUGUAACAAUGCUUAUCAAUACUGCAGAGCACCAGCUCUCAGCAGACGGUAAAAAUUUCAUCCCAGCUGAGUGUGACUGUUGGCAACAAUGUAAGAGAAUAAGUUGAUAUUUGCAAGAGGCUCACUGGCGAGAAAUGGGCAUAUUUUUGCUCCAGUCUAAUAAUGGCUCCUUUUCAUGCAUGCAAACAACAGUGAGUGCAUUAAAAAAUUGGUAUGUUUGCACAUGCACAUUUGUAUAUUUGUGGCGUUAUUUACACAUUUACUAGUUGAUUUGCUGCUAUACAAGCUCCAUAUGCUAAACUGAUUGUUAAGUGCGCCCCAGCUGUGGGGAAAGUCAAAGACAUGUCAAUCAAAAUGUCAUCUGCCCGUCAACACCAUCUUGAUAAUAGGUGCAAACAGCUUAGUAAGCCAUUUUUGGAUGCUUCAUCAGGAUCUCAACUUUGACAUGACAAAUGCUUUUUUCAAGAGGUCUUAAUACUUUGGAAGAGAUUUAAUUAUGAAAAAAUACAGAUUUCUUGUGCAUGCAAGGUCAUGGGAAGGGAAAGUUGGGAAAGGGAAAGUUCACGCCAUUUACACAGAGUGAAGCAUUAAUAGGUUUUGAGAGUCUUCCUGUUCUCUAUCUCCUCUGGCAGUAAUUUGUGCCGAAUGAACCACUACUUACCCUCCUCUAAUCCCACUUCCUGUGCCACUGUUGCCAGGCAAAAUACAAGUCCGACAAACCUCCCCCCCCUCUUGUUACAGCCAUCUCACCCCCUCCACCCGUCAUUUUUCUUACACCUCAUUUCACUCACCAUCAGCAUCCCCAGUCUAGACAGCAUGGCACUCCAAGAGGUCUCUUCUUCCUUCUGUUUGUGGUUUCUUUUGGCCAAGUCUUGUCAUAAUAUGUUCUGUUAAUUUAGUUUUUCCCUGCUUUUGUUAUUUUUAGUUUAUUUUCUUUGUGUUUAUCUGACUGUUUCUGUUCCCUAUUGUUCCUGUGACCCAGUCUUGUGAGUUUGCAGUUUGUGUUUGACCCUAUUUCCUUCAUGUUCUCAGAGUUUCUUGUUUUAUUUUGUAGUAGUUGAUUCCUUGCGUUUCUAGUCUGGUUUUACUUCCCUAGUGUUCCCUCCUCGUUAAUCACCCAUGAGUUUCACCUGUGUCUCGUUAGCCUCACCUGUUGCUCGUUUCCCAGUGUGUAAAUAUAGUCCCUGUCUUCCCCUCUAUCCUGGUUGGUUCAUUGUAUGUAUGUUUGUCGAUGUGUGUGAGUCUCCAUAUGAAUUUUCCCCAGUGCCCUUUUGAUCUUUUGGAUUUUUUCAAUUGGACAGUUAUAGUAAGUUUUUGUUGCUUCUUAUUUAGCUCUUCUUAAAUAAAUCCUUUUUUUCGUCUAUACUUGGGUCCUUUCCCUUUUGUUUCACCCUGGACCUUGACGAGUCUGCUGAAAUACUUUAUAUUUAAUCUUUCUUUGAAUUAGUAAAAUUGUUAUGUGUAUGUGCAAUUACAAAUUAAUGUGUUUUUAUGUAAAUUUAAUGGAAAGUUGAGUAAUACAAAUCUGUUAUUCUGAACAAAAAAAGCGCCUGUGAAAAUGAAGUCAUGAUAUCACACCCUGCAAAUGUACAUAAACUUCAGUGAGAAUGAGAAAAGCAUUAACAUGAAUUAUGUGAGGAAAAGGGACAUUAAUAAGAGAGACACAGAUUGAGUCAGAACCGAGGGAUUCACUUUAAUAACCAGUUCACAGUUUCAGAUAGAGAGCUUAUGUUUUCCCUGAAAAUUUCCUACUUUAUGUCCAGUAUUUUAAGCCUAAUGAAGCUCUUACUCCGGAUUUUAUAAUGCUCUACUUUGUCACAUAAUUAUCUGGCUUCAUCUUUUCUAUAUUUUUUUAAGUAAAGUUUGAUCACCCAUUUAAUCAGAGAUGACGAGAGUUUAUGAAAAAAUUAACAAAGCUUGUGCAAUAUUUGGCAUCUGGUGCGUAAGAUAAAGAGCUUUAAUGUUGCUGGAAAACAACAGAGAGUUGAGAUUUCAUAUCAAAGAAUGAGACAGCUUUCUUUUCUCUCAAAGGCUGAAUAACAUGUUGGUUUGAAACUAUUCUAGAUUUGAAGCCUUAAUUAUUGACCAUCAGGGAUACCAGUGAUACAAGCCCUCAAGCACUUGAAAGGAUUUCCAUUAUUUUUCCAUGCAAAGUGCCAGACUGAGGUGGUUUGGUUUUUUAACUGUUUUAAUUUUUAUGUCUCUAGCCUCAGGCGAAAGAGAUUUUUAGACUUACCUGACAUGCGAACUUAAAAAACUCACUUCCAGUGUUUUGUGGUUAAUCAAACUGAUUGUUUCUUCAUAUGUUGAACAUCAGAACAGAGAAAAUAAUGACUGAAAUGCUUCAAAUGAGGCAAAGAUGACAUUUAUAGUCUGUUAGAUUGUUUCAGUUGGUGUAUUUAUCUAUCAGCUUUAAUCUCAGACCCGAGCUGUGAUCAAAGUAUGAAAACAUGAAAAUGGUCAGAUCUCUUAAAAGUAGAGGUUACAUUUCAUAAAGAAUUCUCCUUCCUUUUCGUGAUUUAUUUUAUUUAUACUAGUAGGAGACCUUAGAGCAUGUAAAGCACUGAAGUCCAAAGAGCAAAUUGUCUCUAUGUCACCUUGUAUCAAACCUACAUGUCUUGGACCACAGUAAAACAAUUCUUAUUGUAUUGACUUGAAUCAAACUAUAAAAGCCUAUUGUAACUCAUCAUAAACCACACCUUACUGUGUUGUAUCGUAACAUGUCAAACUGUAUCGUACAGUGCCAUGUUUUCUUGUGUUGAAAUUUUAUGUUAGGACAUUAAAAAUUGUACCUUAAUAUACCAUAUCACAAAUACCAGUGCAGUAUAUCACAUUGCUUUGUAACCUGACAUGAAAUAAAGUUGCAUCACAUCGUGUCACAUUGCUUCACAUCACAAAGUCACGUAAACAACUCAACGUAUUGUAAUGCAAAUUAUCUUAAAGAAACUUAUUGUAACGCAACUUAUGGUAGCGCAAGUUAUUGUAACGUGACGCAAUGUAUCGUGACACAACGUAUCGUAAUGCAUCUUAACGUGCCGCAACUUAUCGUCACACAAUGUAUCGUCACACAACAUAUCGUGACGCAACAUAUCGUCCCGCAACGCUUCGUCCCGCAACGUAUCGUAACACAACUUAUCGUGACGCAACUUAUCGUGACACAACUUCUCGUGAUGCAACUUAUCGCGACGCAACUUAUAGCGACGCAACGUAUCGUGACGCAACCUAUCGUAAUGCAACUUAUCGCACACAACUAACGCAACUUAUCGUAACGCAACUUAUCGUAAUGCAACGUAGCGUAAUGCAAUGUAAAGGAACGUACCGUGAAGUAACGCAAGGCAUUGCAACUCAAUUCAUCUUUACACAAUGUAUCGCAACGUAACUUGAUUCAAUGUAAUGCAAUGCAGUGUAUUAUAACACAAUUUUAAACAACCAAUUGCAACACAAUUUAACGAAACUUAACCUAACCAUAGGAAACGUAAACCAGUGGAAUGUAGAGCAACGCAACAAAACGUAAAGCACUGUAAUAUAACCCAAAGAACUUAAUGUAAUGUAACAUAUAACAAUGUAUCAUUUUGUGAUAAAAAGUAAUUAUUAAACUUAGCAAAACAUGUCAUCAUGUAUAGAAUUGUUUUACUUUGUAUCCUUUCAGAAUUUUAACUGUCAUUUUGUGUCAUAAGGUAUUGUAACAUAUCGUACUGUCUGGUGUUUUUUCAUAUCAUUUCGUAAUUUUCCUGUCAUAUCAAAACGUAUCAGGACUUACAGUUUUGUGUUGUCAUACAGUAACACUGUACAGUUUUAUUGUACAUUUCACAUGCUCACCUAAAAGCUGUGAAGCAAUUUCUGAACAUGACACUUCUACAACCUUUUAUUUGUAGUCUCACAGUUCAUUAUGUCAUGAUCCUCUCUGCAACCAGAAUAAGUCACUGGUGAUGAAAUGAGGUCUGGUUCUCCAGCUCUGUGGAGUUAUUGGAGCACUGGAGAGAGUAAUAACUCCACCUGAACUAGGCCAGGGCAGCACAUGCAGAUGUCGAGCUCGUCCUCGACUCAGCCAGACGCCUCGCUGGUUGGAGGCAGAUCCACAGAUUACAGAGACCCUGGCAGCAGCCGCUGGCCUGAAACAUCUAAAGACUGGACACUUUUGAGCCGCCUGACUGGUUGUCUUUCUCUGUUUGUCACUUCUGAGUGAGACUGGAUCUACUAACAUGGCAAUCAUGACCUAUUUCCACAGAGGAGGGCGAAAAACACGAGGAAAUAAGGUCCAAGCAGGAGGAGAAGCAGAGCUCGGUUUAUUUAUGUAUGUGUGUCACACAGGAGUAAAGAAAACCCAAUGAAGGCAAUAUAGGAGCAGGGUUUAUAGAAAAUCUACCAAGAUUAGAUAAAAAGGCUGAUACAAAACAAACUUAAAAUCAAAGUUCAGACAUUAUGUAAGAAAUUUGAACUAAAUGUGUGAACUUUGAUUUUUUUCUCUGCAAACCAGACACCAGAUUAUCGUUUUACUGCCUAGAUCAAAUUAACCAAAGAUAAAUCAAAGUUGGCCUUUGGAUAUUCCCUUUCAGGUAUUAUAUAAUCUUUGAUUCUAUAUACAGAUAACUUUUUUACAUCCUUCAAAUCUUGUAGUUUGCCUUAAGUUUCUGUUGUGCCCUUUUUUUCAACCUGAAAAAUAGUGUCAACAGGACCAGACAUCUUCCCUCUGACUGAUUUGACAACAUGUUUGAUCAGGUUGUUGCUGGAGUUGGGAUCUAAGUUCUCACCAGCCACAAUCAAGUGUUUAACCCAGCCGGUAAUAAAUCAUUUAGGAUGCUCUAUCUUGAGAAAGCGACUAAAUGUCAAACUCAACCUUCUCCACUCUGGUUUCAAGGGUAAUUUUACCCAGAGGCGCUUCUUUACUUCCCUACGCUCUGAUUCUGGACUGAUUUUUCGAUAGAUUUGUGCCACGACAGGCUGUUGACCCAGACUGUGCUUCGUUUGAAUGACAUAAAAUAUAAUCAAUCAUUUCAUUCCUUUAGGUCCUCACAGAAUGGAACCCGCUAUCCUUCGCUUUCCCACACUUUUAUUAUUUUGCUCGUCUAAAAUCUUGUGAUAUUUUCUUCACCCUGCUUCUUCCCCUCUCUGGAGAGCGAGUGCAUUCGUCUGCUGUACUCUCCCUCUCUCUGCCUUUCUCUUAAAUGUGGUCGGAAUAAUUGAUGGAAGUGUUUCUAAUGCUGGCACGUCUGAUUUCCAUACCUCACUGUUCUGCCAAUUUAAGCUCCUUUGCCUCUUUGAGUGGGAGGCCGAGGCGAGCGGAGCGUCAUGAUGAACGACAGACGUCUGCGGAGACAUAAACAAAGAAAGAUGAAGCACUUUAUUAAUUCUGACAAACAGAGAAAAGAGAAGUCGCUGUCGUUUUAUCUUUCUUUUAAAUGAGGUGUGCUGAAUUACUUAGAUUUUGAGCAGCCUUGUCUUCCAGUGCAGAAGAUAAAAUGAACUGAGCUUAAGUACGCACCCAGAGACGGAGAGCCAACAUCAAACUCUCGUUUACCAUGGCGUUGCAGUAAUAUGUGUGCAUAUUAUGAUGUAAUCUCUCUGCAGAUACACGCACAUUGUUUUUAUCUUUGUGUCACUGUUACUACAAUCACGCUUUAAUGUUAUGUGUUUGAGAGUCAGUGCCAGGCUGCAUCAAUUUACCUGAUUUAAUCAUCCAUACUCUGUCUCUCCUGUGUGUGCAGACGGACUGGGGCGGUCAGAGGACCCUGCAGAGGAAGUGGACCACCUUCCUCAAGGCCAGAAUGGUGUGUUCGGUCCCGGAGUACGAGCUGCACCUCAACAUCCUGCGCAGCGUGUUUGUCCUGCAGGGCCGAGAUGCUCAGAGCAGCGUUUUCUACGGUAUCUUUGGACUUGAAUGGUGAGAAACGUCAUCAAAUAACUAAAUAAAACCUUAUUCAUAAUUCCUCAAUGAGCUACAGUGAAAGCUUAGCGUAUAUUUCAGGCGAUAAGGCGCACCAGAUUGUAUGGCGCACUGUGGAUUAACGUGUCUAUGUUCACACAUAGAGUGAACCGGAUUGUAAGGUGCAUUAAGCAUUAAUUGGUUUAUUGUUGCUAGCGCAUACUCUGGGCCGCAAAUUUCUUUUUGGAGGAUAGUGGGGGAAGGUCCUGCCCUCCUUCGCCUCUGAUUGGCUAGAAUUGCUGGGCUCCAGUUGGUUAUUCCUAAUGGCUGUGAAAUAUCAUCGUCUGUCGGGUUAGGGUUAGGAUUAGGAUUAGGAUGAGGGUCACGGUUAGGAUUAGGAGAUUCAGAAGUGCGAUAAUGUUCUGUAAUGUUCUGUUCGAUGUUUGUUUUGAGCCUGUAUUGACAUUUCCAGCUUUUCUAGCCAAUCAAAGGCAAAGGAGGCGGGACCUUCCCCUUCUACCCUACAAAAAAAAAUAUGGCCUCUGGGCCGGGGCUGCCAAAUGAAUUCACUUGGAGUUUAGACGUUACAGUCAGGCAGUCUUGUUGACAGCUCAAGGGUCCUGUUACGGGGCAGAUCAGGUACUAACACAGCAGAGCAACUUUGUUGCUUACCAAAGUCGUACUUACACAUGUUGACAGAUUUUUGAGCGCUUUGUACCACAUAAAACCGGUCAGUAAGCUCAACAAGUAAUCAUACAUAAAAUGCACACUGUCAAUUUUUGAGAAAAUUCAAGGAUUUUAAGUGCGCCUUAAAGUCCGAAAAAUACAGAACUUCACUGGACUCUUCUUGUCCUUGUACACGGGGGGCUGUCAUGUCGUCUAUCUUUUCUGCAGUCUACAAGUUGAACUGAUUAUAUUUCUUCAGAGAAGAUUCAAAAGGUCACUGUGAUCUUUCAACCAACAUUUUUCACCAUAUCCUAAGAACCAUAACUCUAACAACUGUCAAAAAGGAUGCGAUGAUGAACUGAUGACAUUUUUCACUCCAAAACUAAAAGGUCACUUAUAGUGUUUCGUAAUAAUAUUCACUUUUCCUGGCCUCCAUUCCUCGUCUCUUUUCCAUUCUCUUUGUUUUAAAACACCUCAGGGAUACCCGGUGGAAGUCUAUUUAAGUUACGCCGACACAUUUAAGUGGAUUUUUGAAGAUGGACUCAUUGGUUUCAGGGUCAAAGGGAAUAAAUUAACAUGACCUCACGUCUGUUGGUGUCAGGAAACAAAAAGCAGAACCAAAAUCUGUUCAAAUCCACGAGUAUUGAAAAUUUCGACCUAGUUCUUGACACGCAAACCCACUUCCCAUAUUGUCUCAGCUGUUUGAUGGUUUAAAUGCAGAAGUGCUCCGGCGAGACACCUGAUAAAUAAGCAAACACUGUGCAUAUGAUCGCUGGUUUAAAAGAAACAAAAAGAAAGAAAGACAGAUGGAUCAACUUAGAUUUGCAAAUCAUUCCUUUGUCCGUCUGUCUCGUCCCAUUAAAUGAGGCAAACAUGUUUAGUGUCUCCAGUUCCAGCUUGUCCAACUUGAGCGUUUGCAGAUGGUCUCUGAUAAAUGUCAUUUUGAUUUAGAUCUUUGGAUCCAGCAAAACAAGACAUCCACAAGCAUCCAAUGUGAACACUCUGGGCACAUUUUUUCUCUAUUUUCUUUUCUUUUUUAGAGACGAAAUGCUAAAUUUUAGAGAGGAUAAUCAGAAGAUUAUUGAUAGCCGGAGAAAUUCUGAGUCCAAACCUCGGGAGAGUUGUUAUCUGAGCUGCAGUGAGAGCCGACAAAGUGACAGUGUCAGAGGACAGCGGCUGGCAGCGGUGUGAGUGUGUGUUUACGCUGAUAUGCAGAGUCAUGCUGCAUAAAACCGUCCCAAGGGUGUUUGGAUUGUGAUGAAGGGGAUAACGUCGUAACAGGACAGUAACGCCAUCGAUUUUUCUCUUUUUCGACUCAGUCUUACUAUUACCUGCUGCUUCUGUGCCACCUUUCUCUCUCUCUCUCUCUCUCUUUCUACGCGCUGAAUCUCUUGAUAAAAGACUCACACCUGUAGGAGUGUUACUCGUCAGCAUGUGUCAGACUCAAGCGUGCAAGAGUGACUAAGCCCCCGAGCUGCACUACUCACCACUUUUGAAGACAGACUCCGGUUUCACUCGGAUCUCAUUUUUCUCACCUGAAUGCUUUUUGAAGACUGAGGUGGACACACAAUAGGCCCAAGAAUGUGACGCAGAUAUUCCCCCCCUCCGUUACUAAUCUCGCCUCCAGGGCUUCAGAUUAAGGGUCACCUGGCUCCUGACUUCCAGGUUGAGUGUUUUCUUUCACAGGUGCUGCACCGAAAACCACAAAUGAAGCUGCUUUGUCCGUGACUCACAGGGAGUGGGUUUCUGUGAGUGUUCUGUUGAAAAAUCUGCAAAACAAAUCCUUUCAGAUGCUCAGCUUCUGGAGAUAAAGAGUGAAAAUUACAACCUGUCAGUGAUUCGACUCACACACACGUCCCUUUAAGAAAAAUGAUAAGAUCUAACAGAUUGUACCACCUUCACACCCACGGUUUUUAGAGAAUAGAGAAAAGCUCCGAGCCGCUUCGAAAACCUUUCCUCCUGAUCUGAAUUUUGUUUGAUAUUUGAUCUGGGUGGCAGUUUUUCCCUCGAUGAUAAAGCCUCAGUGUUUAUCCAACAUUGAAUCGUUAAUCCUGAGUGUGUCCCUCUGGAUGUGUCUUCGGGGUGGGGGGUUGUCUUUCAGGAAGAACAUCAAAGCGUCUGCGAUCUGCCAGUACGCCUUCUCUGAUGUGCAAAAGGCCUUCGAAGGGCCAUACAUGGAGGUGCAGGACUCAAAGUGGAGGGAGUACACGGGGAAGGUUCCAGAGCCAAGACCUGGAUCUGUGAGUUUCGCCUCAAAUAUCACAGAAUAUAAAAGAGUCGAUGACGCCUCAGGGCGUCUCUGUUGUCAAGUUUCAAUCUGGAUGAAAACAAUUUGAUUCUGAAUAUCAUCUCUCUGCCAUCCAGGGUCAGGUAAUCCAUCUUCCUUUAGUGCCAAGCUGUCAAACAAGACCCGACGUGCUUUUUAGGGAUAAUACAAACUUUGUCCACAGGGGGCGCCAAAGUCCACAUUAAUAGAAAGUUGCUUCUAAGUUAGGGUGACCAUAUUCUGACUUUGAGAGUUUUUCGGGUCAGAUCAAGUGUCUUUUACGCGCUUCUAAUUCAAUAAGUCCACGUGACACAAACUCGAAACUUCCGUACAAAACCGAAGACAUUUAACAGAUUUUAUAAACACCCUAUUAUAAGUGCUAUUGGGCUUGACUGUGGUCCAGGUUCUUCUUAAGUUUAAAGGUCCUUACACACCUGGGCCGACACGAAUAUACAAUGCGAAAGUAUGAAAAAUCUGGAGGCGGAUUUUGAUGCGCCUGACUAUGCACAUCAAGCCCGAUGUGAUUUAGUGACUUUCCGGGGGAAAAAGACGCAUCCCGGGGAAGACUUUUGCCGGGAAAAGUCCCGCCCCCUUCGCCUCUGAUUGGCUAGAAAAGCUGGAAACGUCAUCACACGCUCAAGCCAAACGGUCAGCACUUACAGCCAAUCAGAGGCAAUAAGAUAAACACAUGAAACUAUGGUAACAACCGUUAGCAUACGUCAGCCCAGAUGAAAGUUAAAAUAAGACGUUUAGCAAACUGUUAAAGCACACAAACUGAUAACUUUUGUGGUGACUAGUGAGGAUGAUAUGUCUCACUAACUCAGCCUAAACUAAAUCCAUCCCUCUACUGAGAAUAGGAUCAUCCUGAUUCAUGAUCCCAACAACCCAAACAGAAAGUUUACUCUAGAUUAAAAUGACAAUCACCAACAUGAAUCACCCUAUCAGACGUCCAGUUAGUUCACUAUCAUCAUCAUUUUCCAAAUAGUGAUCCCUCUCAGAGUAAAACUAAAGAAAAGAAGGGGCCUUUAGGGCAUGACUGACAAAACAAGAAUUAUCAAGACUCAAAUCUUCAUCUUGAUUUAAAAAUGCAGAAUUCAAGGCUUUAAAAAAAAACAUGUAUUCAUAUUUUACAUCAGCGCAGCUCUGCCUCAUUUUUCACUCUCUAUUUUCUGCUCUCUUCCUCUCUGACAAUCUCUUUCUGUGUCUCGUCUCUACAGUGUAUCACUGACCUGCACAGGUCCCGGGGUAUCAACUCCUCUCGAGAUCUCCCAGAUAAUGUCCUCACUUUCGCCAGGAGGCACCCGCUAAUGGCCAGUCAGGUGCACCCUUUGGGAGUGCGUCCACUCAUGUUCAAGAGGAGCGUCAACUAUGUCAGGAUAGUCGUGCACAAAGAGACGGCGCUGGAUGGGAACAUUUAUACCGUGCUGUUUUUGGGGACGGGUGAGUCUUUACCAGUUUCUCAAAAAGACAGGUAACCUUGUGUACCCUUCUUUUCCCCACAAUUGAUGGAAGGCCAUCGAGUACACUCCACUUACACAGUUUAUGAUGUCCUAUGAGACAAGUAGCUCUGGAUUUGACACAGUAGAUCACAUUAAACUGAGGCAGUGGGUUGGUAUCACUUUAAGCAUCCUUAACUGGUUUUCCUCAAUUUCUCUUAGUAAGAAUUUUCCAGUGUUGCUUGGUCUUUACCAGUCUUAGACAGUGAGUCUGUGCGGUGGUGUGCCUCAGGGAUCUGUGCUGGGUCCUGUUUUGUUGUGCUUCCAGCUAUUCUUUAAGUUUGAAUCUUUUUAGCCUACUUAGACAAACUUCGUAACUUAUUUAUUUACAUAUUUAUUUGAUGCUAAUUAAAUAUGUUGGUUCUCAAUGUAGUUGCAUUUUUAUUAUUUUUCACUAUGAUUUGAAGUCUUUUUUUAUCAUUGUAUGUUAUUGUGAUACAUUUAUAGGCACCAUACCAAAUAAACUUCAUCACCUUACAAACUAGAAGGGGCUACAUCCUCCAUUAUCAAUAAAUAGAGUAUUAAUCCAACUCUAAACAUUUCUAAACAAGUGGGUUUUUCUCUCAUUAAAGUUUUCAAGGACAAUUUUUGCCUGAAAUUAUGUAUUUAUGACCUGUUUAAAAAGACUGAAUGUUUCAAGAUCACAACUGUCAAAUAAUUUUAAGAAACAAAUUGGUUCCAGUUGAUUUUUUUUGUCUUUUUAGCGGUUUUGUUGACAAAACCAAACAGUGCGGCAACUCUGCUUUGUACUUUAAAUACUCUUUUGCAUUUUAAGAUCUAUUGGGUGUUUGUUUUUCAUUAAACUGUCUUUACUUUUUAUUUCUCUCAGACGAUGGCUGGCUGCACAGAGCUGUAGACAUCGAUGGAGAAAUGCACAUCAUAGAGGAGCUGCAGCUGUUUGAUAAACCUCAGCCCAUUGUGAGCAUGGUUAUAUCCCCUGCUAUGGUAUGUAUUUGGAUAUUUUUUAUUUUAUAUAUAUUUUUUUAUUUUUUAUGUCUUUUUUUUAAUGCUAAAAACAUGCAGAUUAAUCUUUUUUAGCCAUUAGAAUCUGCAUAAUAUAAUGACAUAUAUACAUUCAUUGCAUUCCAACUCCAUCCGGAAAUUAUAAUAAACAAGUGGUACCUGUGUUGCGUGAGUAUGCCUAAUGUUGUUUGUGUUUCUAGUUGUAUUUUUAGGCUAAAAAGUAAUUUGCAAACACAGUGACGAGCAGAUAAAUAAUUCAUUAUUCCUUUCACAGCGGAGCAUCUACGUAGGCUCCAGCUCAGGAGUCGUACAGGUGCCGAUGUCAGCCUGUCAGAGGUACACCUCCUGUUACGACUGCGUGUUUGCCAGAGACCCGUUCUGCGCCUGGGACGGGAGGCAGUGUGUGGAGAUAUCGACUCGUGCAAAGAGGUGAGAGAGAACACACCUGUGCACUAAACGCACACACUGACGUCAGUAAGUACACAAACGAACUCUGAGAAUGUUUUACAGGAAGUAGUAAAAGUCGACAUGAAGGCAUUGAGCUUCUGAAAAAAACAGAUUUGGGGUAGAAGAACUACAUUCUUGCAGAGACGGAUAAAUUUGCAUCGCUCCAUCACUGAUACAGAAUUUAUACUCCCUAAAGCCUCGACUGCAGCUCCACCUGUUUGUUCUUAUCUAUUUCUGAUCCAUCUGCUGCUGCGUGUAUUUAAACGACAGCUACACAAACUCUAAGAAUAUAAACACUGAGUUUUUACGUAAAAACAAACAUUUCUAUUGCUAUAAUUAAUUUUUAAAAGUGUUCUUUUUUUUGCUUUACCAGACCUUCUGUUGAUAUUUUUGUCUGUUUUUUGGGCCAGAUUGCAACUAAAGAGUCUGAUUUAUUAUUUAUACAGCUCAUUCCUCUUCCUGCAGAGUUUUUAAGUUUAGAGGUAACAGAGUCGACCUGGAUUUCUACUUCAGCUCAGCAGGAGCUUCUCCUGGUGAGGGAAAAUCUGGAUUGAAACAAUGAGCCUCCAGAAAAAAAAAAGGAUUGGAGACCAAACUUUGAUCCAGUAUUUUAGUGAAACUCAGCACUGAAAUGAGCCCCCUGCUAUCAGCUUUAAAUAGUUUCCUUGGGGUCACCCUUUCCACACAUCCAUUCACUAAGAAAUUUCCAGUGUACAUGUGUAUAUGUAUGCAUAUGUAAUGUGUAUAUAUAUAUACGUAUAUGUAUAUUUGUGAUAUAUAUAUAUUGUGAUGUGUGUGAAUAAUCUAAACUGAACUAAACUAAACUAAAGUAUCCUAAACAGAGCAUGUGCUAUUAAAGCUGCAGUAUGUGAUGAAGUUUUAGUUUAAAAUCUUGAUUGUCAGGAACAAUAUUAAGUUAAGAUGUUACUUUAAAUAAGUGUGUCCAAUCUGUGUCUGUGAACUUUAUUUUAAAAAAGUCUGAAUCAAACAACAAGCAAAGGUUUGCUAGAAAGGAAUUAGCACAAAGCUCAAAAGCUGUUCAAUUUAGUGUUGUGUCGUUCACUAACGAUCCGUUCAAAAGAACUGAAUCUUUUAAGUGAACGUACUGAACCGAAUCACUUCCUCGAGUGAUUCGUUCAUUUCUCACUUCAGCUCAACUGAAGUGAGAAACAACAUUGCCAGACCAGCAGCCGGCAAAUGAGGGACCUCAUGCACUGACGUCUGAAUCACUUGGUGAACGAAUCACUCAUUGAACUACACUCUCUGGAAUCAUUUUUGUGGUACAAAACUACUUUUUGUUUUUAUUGCUAAAUUGUCACCACAACAACUUGCAUACAAUAGGACACAGCAUGUAACAAAUAGUGCAUUAAACCCGCAGCAUUCUAUCAUUGCAGCGGUUUGUGAGGGAACGGCCCAUGUUCAGUUGAAUUCGUCUAAACGUUAAGUGAACGAAUCACUCACUGAGGCUAAUUUAACGAGCAGACCUGAUAAAUAGCAUACCAUAGGACAGUACACUUAACACUGUCCUGACUCAAACAGGUGCACAGCCACAACAGUUAGUACAUCAUUUGGUGGGCGGGGCUUGAAAUGAUCAUCAUUUUCUAUACUGCUUUAAAAGUUUUACAUCAUUUAAGGAAAAUUAAGAUGAUUUUGCAAAAACAGUUCUUGAUUUUAAAUCUUACAGAAAAAAACAACAACAAAUCAUCACACUAUUAAUAUGUUGCCAUUAAAUGUUUGUACUUCAGCUUAGCUACUAACAACAGCAAUUAAGUUAAUAGGAUGUUAUAUUUAACCUCGUACAUACGUUAACUCGCUCACAGUCAAAGUAAACAUGCCCAAACAAAGAUCGAGUUUCUCUGACUCGCUGUUUGUUCUGCAGACUGUUUGAUACCUCUCUUCAUUCACUCUGCAUGACUGAGCUCCAGACAUCUUAAUCUUCCAUUAGCAGUAGCAGACAAAUCAGCCUCUCCUGUGGGUUUGAUUUUCAGGGGGCAUCAUCACAUUUAGAGAAAGCAGCAAAAGGACUUGAAUGUUAAUGCGAGAUCUAAAGCUGCACGACGCCCUUAAACAUUCCAUAAACAUUUGGAAACCUACAGGAGGUUAGAGGUCUGCUCUCAGGUGUUUUUAUUUACAUGGUGAUGAUGAUAGAUGAGGGGGAUAUAACGCUGUGAGAAAGUGCUUUUAUAUUCUGCUCACUUUGCCUGGAACUUUCUACAGUUACAGCGAUAUUGAAAACUAAGCUUUCUCUUACUGAAUACAGAUCAUUUCUGCAGAAAAGUUGAUGUUCUCUAUUCUGACUGCAGAUGUUUUUAGAAUUAGGUUGCUGUUUGAGUUCAUGUGCAGUUAUUUUGAUGGUUUUAGACAGCUCUGAAGUUGUUUGAGUACAAUAUAGAGGGAUUUUAUUCAGGGUGACCUACUUCAGACACAUAUUUACACAGAGGUGACAUGAUGUAUGUCCACUCUAACACACAUCACAUGGCACAAAUUGCUUGAACUCACAUUUUCUUCUCUCCUGAAAGAAACGCUUUAAACAACAGCGGUUUUCUAGGCUUUGAGGAGUUUUCAGCUGGUAAUGAAACAGACUUGACCUACAAAUGACCUACAAAAGCAAAAGUGGUCAUUCUCACAGCAAAGAUUCACCCCAUAGACUGUAUAUACUGUGGAUAACUUGGUUCCGCCUUCCGCCAGUAUACAGAUUUGAAGCCGAAAAGCGCUCUGUAAUUCUGCGUUUUUUCUCCACUUCCUGAAACCAACGUUGCACAGUAGCAUUGUACGCAUUCGGUGGGAGAGUCGCCGAGAGUCGCUAUGAUGAAUCUCGGCUCCAACAGCAUAUCCCUGGGUGAGCUAUGCAAUCUUCGUACGCCCAUUGGCUGUAUCAAGUGUCAAUCAUAGCAAACGUGAACCCCUAAUAACUUUUAAAAAUGUAGCUGUACGGAAAAAAGAGGUCUUGAGCACAAACCAGUCUUACAGUAACUACAUGUCAACAUCACAAGCAGGGUGGACAAAAACAUAUAUUCUGUGUAAUAAAUUUCUAAAGUUUGUCCACAGCUCCAUAGGGAUUGCUGGAAGAGGCGGGAUUUAUCACCUAUACUGCAGCCCGCCACCAGAGGGUGCUGUUCUCGAUGUGGCUUUACCCACCGAGGAGGCGGACGGCGUCCAUUCUAUAUACAGUCUAUGAUUCACCGUGAAUGACGCUCUUGGUUGUAUAAAAGUGUCAUGUUUGGUUUUGUAUUGAAUUUAUAAUCAUCUUAUUUCAGGUCAAACUUAACCCAAGACGUCUUGAGAGGGAUCAGAGGCUGCAAGGAGAAUUCAGGGAAUGGUAUGACACAAUGAUCUUGCUCUAUAUAAUACUUGUCUCUUUAUUCAUUUUACCUUCUAUCCACUCGCAUUUAGCUGCUAUUAAAGGUUUCAUAGAUGUCCGAGCCUUCCUCUACCCCCAGGUCCCAGAGUACACAUUUUAAUCAAGUCCUUUUUUUUUCCUAGAGGUCAUGAAGUCUUGCUGGCCGCAUUGUGGGGCUCCUUAUAUUUAAAGAGGCUUAAAGAUGAUGGAAAGUGAUGCUGAAAGGUUGAGCCGUGCAGGGUGCUCACCUGCACUUUGAAAACUUCACCUUCUGCGACCUGACCUCUCUGUAAUCAUCUCCUCUUUCUAAUCCCUGCAGAUGUAAAAAUGUAGAAUCUGAGUUCAAGUAGAAGGAGAGGUUUCAGUUUGUAGACCGGGUAGUUUUGACCGAUCGUAUAUCAGCAGGCUUUGAUUUAAUACAGGAAAAACAGUUGAAAGCAGAAAGCAACUGGGCGUAGAAGCGUCCAAGCUCCCAUUGGUGGUGUGAUGAGUCAUCUCUGUGAUCAGACAUCUGCAUCGGAGUGAGACAUGAACGUGGUCGAGGACAAAAAAAACUCAACUAGACUGUGUGAAAUCGUGUCGCAGAAGCUAAUAAGCAUUUAGAUUUACCAGCUCUUUGAAAUUCAGCAGAAAUGAUCGACCCAACCUCGAUUUCACAAACAACCAUUUUCAAAGUCUCCUCUUAAAAACAGCCCUGACAAAACUUGAUAUAUUUACUUAUUAAAAAUCUGCAGCAUGUUGUUUUUAUUGUGGCGAACAGACACGUCCAUUUCAAGUAAAAACCUUUUCUCCUUUUCUCUGGUUUAGUGGUCCAUCGAAGGCGCUCCGUCAUGUCCGGAGAUGAUGUACUACUCCAGUGUGAACUUCGCUCCAACCUCGCAACCCCCCGUUGGACGCUAAACGGCAAAGAGCUCCAGGGAUACGGCCUCAAUUCGGGCUACCGCAUCGGCACAGACGGCCUCCUCAUCAUCGGAGCUCGGGCCCAGCAGAGCGGCUCCUACCGCUGCUUCGCCGUUGAGAACUCCGUCUCGGUCCUGGUUUAUCUUUACACAGUCAAGGUCCACACAGAUCCGUACUUCCCCGUGGAGCCAACGGCCACAACCGAACCCACGACGGUCUCCAGCCCAACUGUUUUCACCACGACCACGCCAACGGAGCAGCCUCUCCCCUCGCCUCCCGCCCCGAUGCCUUCAGGAUCUGAGUUCCAGACCUACAGACACAUGGAGGCGGUGUACAUCUCUCUGGUGGCAGUUCUCGGAGGCCUUUGCUUAGUGUUGAGUGUGGUUCUCCUCUACGUGAGCUUCUGCACCAGACGGGCAGGAGCUCAGGACCGGAAGUUCUCCCAGCAGGGGCUGCAGGUCCUCGGGGCUUCUGAAAGAAAAAGGAGUUCGCACCUCGAGCUGAAAACGAUUUCCAGUCACUGCAACGGCCGCCACGGUCGUCGAUCCAUCUCCGUGCCGACAUUCGGGGACAUCGGGGAUGGAUUUAUCCAGAUAGUUCCAGGCGAGGGUCAGUUCUCUCCGAGCAAAACACCUCCUCCCGCACCUCCUCUUCCGAUGCCGCCCCCUCUUCCUAACGUGGACUACGCGAACGGGCUCUCAGCCACCCUGCCCAGCGUGCUGAGGAAGAUGAACGGGAACAGCUACGUGCUGCUAAGGCAGGCCGACCCGGAUGGUAUGUCGCCGCUCUACCACUCGUUCACAGAGGAGCUCAACAGGAUCCUGGAGAAGAGGAAACACACGCAGCUGGACCUGCAGCCCGACGAGAGCUCCAUCUAGGACAACCAACCCCGUAUUUAUCCCGUUGUAAUUUAUUUUGACCUUAACGACGACCCAUAGUUGUGGGGAGAACUGAUGGUUGUAUCAAACGCUGCUGUUAUUUACCCAGUGUUAGAGUCCUACCUGAUUGGAAACGUGCAGCCUUCCGUGUCUCCUCUGAUUCCACUUCAAGAAAAGACUGGCCACAGUUUGAGUAAGCGAGAGUUAGAGAGCUUAAUGAUGCUACCUCAGUGUGGGCUCUCUGGAGACUUGUGAAAAAUGGCGGUAAGACGACACAAACACGCUAAAGGAGCUAAAUGGGACACGGACGCAAAAUAAAUCAGGCCAGGAGGGAUUCAUGAAGUGUCGAGGAAGCUUUCAGUGCCGUGUAAUCUAACCCCUCCGUGGAGCUUAAAGUGAAUUAUCUGAUCUUUUGUGCUUUCUCUCACCAAACGUGAAAACCAUGAACACUUUAAGGAAGUUCAUUAAUCUGUCACGGGACAAAACGAUGGAUAGCAAAGUUUGACUCGAUCCGGUAGAUCAAAAUCAGCGCUGGAUGAAUUCGCCGGCAUCCCGCCUCCUGUUGUGUAGCAUUGGUGUGUAAUACUGCCACCUACUCAUCUCGACAAGUGACAUUAGAACUGAUCCUUGACCUACAAAUGCACUGAUCCAUCACACUAAAUGACUGAGUAUAUUUUAUCUGAAAGGAGCAUCCAGAGAGCACAUGGAGACAAGGACAAGCUGAGACGAAGAUGAAGCUACCUGAGCGGGUUUAAGGAGUUUCAUGUUUUGAUAUUGAUGUGUUUGAGUCAAAUCCAUUGGGCUGCAGGUAGCGACCAUUUUCUUGAUCAAAUCAUGUAAAAAAUGUAUUUUUCAAACUAUUUUCAAAUAGUUGAAAUUGGCCAACAGGAUGUCCCAAAGUGAAGGCGAUGUUUUCCAAUAGUUCAAGUUACCCAUAAACAAAUUCCCACGAUUUUAGAAGCUCGAACCAGCAAAUAUCUCAUAAAUUUGCUGUAUUUUUGUACAUGCAUUUCUAUCUCACUGUUGACUUGUUAGACGACAAUCCUGUGUUGUCUAUGAAGGAGCCCAUUUGACUCUAAAAGAUCAGAUAUUUUAUGUGUAUUAUCGCCUAAAGAUGCCAGAUCUGUUACAGAACACAAGAGCUCAGGUGGUUUAGUAAUCCAUUCAAAGCACUGUCUCUUAACUUUCCUCUGUUCUUGUGUAAGUCGCAAUAAAUGCAUCCGUGUUGCAGCCUUUUUGUAGCAACAUUUUGUGCCAAUAGAAAACACCCGUAGCAAACAUUUUUGAGGUUUCUUUGUGUGUUUUGCAUCAGUGUGAGGCAGGAAAUAGAUAUGUGUGAAAUUAGUGAAAACUCAACACUAUAGAAUAAACCACUGACUGAAUAUAAAGAUGGAUGGUGCUCAUAGUUUGGUCCAAAAGUGAAGCCAAAACUACCCCUGCAAUAGGCGUCGGAGAUUGUGCAGAUUGGCCAGUGGCGCUGUGUUAUUGGGGUUCCACCUCCUUCCUCUUCUGAUGUGUAUUUUCGCCCCAAAGUCCAA